AUGAGCUCUCAGCAACAGAGAUACAGGAACUUCUCGACAGAUAGCAAUGGUGGCAGGGAUGGAAGGGACAGGGUGCCCUCAGACGAAGGCUACUACCAGGGGAUGCUCAAGUCUACGGACGGCAGGAAAGGUACCAGUAUGAGACAGCUUUCACCUAGGAAAGCUAUGUGUCAGACGUUUACAGUACAUGAAAAAGGUUAGACUUUGAGUUUGGUUCUAUAGAUACGAGUAUGACAGUGUUCACCUAGACACUGUGUGUCAUAGACACCUAGACUUUCUGUGUCAAAUAGGUUCAUUUGAAAAGUUUGCCGCUGAUACUAUGGUUCAUGAUUGCGUAAGGGAGAGAGUUAAAAUGCUGGGUGUUUUUUCUUUUCCUGUGAAAGGAAAUGUUUUACUGCUGUAGUUACAGGUUUGGACCAUUUUCAGAUCCCUGCACAGACAAGUAUUUUCAGAGGUUCAAGUCAGGUCCUGAUUGGCUAGUAUGUGAUAUGAGCCCCUUCAUGAUGCUAAGAUACAUACCAACUGCCAGUGUCAAUUUAAAUUGAAAGAGGGCUCAUGGCUUCCACUGUGAGCCUUUAGUGCACUCUUCAAUUACAGUUUGAGCUUUCUGUAAUCAUCAUCUAUGGGGAUUCCCCUUCUCUUAAGGGUAAGCUCUGAGGAUACAUUUAGAUUUAAAAGGACUUUUUUUUUUUUGCUGUAAUGUUUUCUGUGUCUCUCCAGUGGUCCACAUUGUGACCAAGAGUGGACACUCCCCCUAAUAUAAAGCAUCAGCCGCUCCCUCCCAUCCUAUUGGUCAGCGAACCCAUUCACAAAAUGUGGGGGAGAAAUGGAGGGGAUGAAAUCUCAGUAGGGCUAUACAAUUGUUGAUACAACUCCUAUAGAAACAUUCCUUACCCCAGGACACUUCAAGGGUUGACUAUCCAGGAGAAUAAAGAAAAAGGAGCACUCUGUUUCAUAGAUCUGAAAUAUUUAUUUACGGUACAGAAGCAGGCUCCCGUUUUGGUGUAAAACGCCUUCAGGACUCUAAUGAAGUUGUUUUACGCCGAAACGGGAGCCUGUUUGUCACCCUUUGAAAUGUCCUGGGGUAAGGAAUGUUUUUGGGAAUUUCAAGUACCUCAGUCGAGCACCUGACUCCCUUUUUCGUUUAAACUGGGCUGAAGUGUGUUUGGGUAUACCUUUUUUCCUAUUGAAUGACAUUUAUAGAUAUUUUCUUACUUGCUCAACCAUUCACUUCUGGUUAUUUUAUAGAAAAGUGGAGUAAUAGUCAUUUGUCUAUUGGUUUAUGAUCAAUUAUUAAUCAAGUGCUGAGAGUGACUCACUCAGGAGGACCUAUUAGAUUACCACUUUUAAGAUAGGUUGAAACCCACUCCGUUGGCCUGCCCUGGCAUGCAAUGGAUCAAGGAGUUGGCUUUCGGCCCUUUUGCCAUUGUGAAUUUGAAUUUAUCUUAGGCAUCACACAAUGCAGUUUAAAUAGUUUGUCUUAGCUUGAGUCAUGAUUGGUGCAGUGUGUAUGCUGAUUGCAAGCUGGACAGUACUGCUGGACAAACACAAGUAUUUGGUUUCACAUUGUUUUGGGCAUCAUCUCUGUCUCUCUCUCGCUCACUCUCAGAAAUACCCGUUUUUUAGGAGCGACACCUGAUACUGUGUUUGUGUGUGUGUGAACGCUUCAACAUCAGGUGACACAGUGGGAAACUGGGAUUAGUUGAAUGACCACAGGUCAAGGUGCAGGGUUUGUCCAGGAUUACGUCGCUAGACUACGGGACCUUUGCAAAACGUCCCAAAUUUGAUUUGUAUUUAUGCUAGCAAUCAACCAAUCAGUCUCCCCCCCCUGACCGUGAUACUUGAUCAUUUACCUCACAGGAAGUGUGAACAGGAGUGUCCCGCAUAAAUCAGGGUUACCCUCGUAUUGUAGCUUUAUUGAUGAACGACAGAGAAUGACAGAGGUCAAAGUUCCGCCAGUCUCCAGGCACACACGCCCUAUGGUUGCCACGGCAACGUGUUUCCAUAACACAAUAGCAACAUUGCGGUCGCGCCUGAGAAUACAAAAGCGUAGCCUGCGGGUUCAGUUUGCAGUCGCAGUGAAUCUGCACUGCCUUCACCCGUUGUACUUUGGUUCUGCAGGGCGUCGCCUGUGAGUGGGACUUAAUAUGCUUUUCACUACCUUGUAAGACUGAUAACGUUUAACUAAUAUAGCAUGUUUACACUUUAAAUACAGUUCAUUCAGUAACAUUACCUGAGCUGUCAUAGGAGUAGCUGAAGACCCGAGGCUUCCUUAAAGUUGCACUAUGCAGAAAUCGCUCUGCCAUUUCCUGGUUGCUAAAACUCUAAUAGUUCGCCUAAUUUCACUUUAUGUGACAAAAUAAGCAAGUAUAGUGUAGAGAAUCAUUGUACCAUCUAAACCGCUGUGAAAUAUAUUUUCCAUAACAUUCAACUGUUUGAAGCUGGUGUACAAAACCGAAAGUAAAAGACGUAAAACUUAAGAAUGGGAAGCAUAGAAAUACCGCUUCUUAGACUUGCUUUCAAGUAGAAUGAUAGAUCUAUAACUCACAAUUCUAUGUGACUUUGGUCGGGUCGCCCAAAAAGUUACAUAUUGCCACUUUAAGGGAUUUAUUUAUAUUUUUGAUCUACUUCGUAUUCAUCAUCUCCAGCACCACCCCAACAUCAACAUAUGGCGCGUUUCUAUUUUUGAGGUAAAAAAGAUAGAGGAAGAUAACUGUUUCCAAUGACAUCAUUGGUGUGCGUUGUGUGAUUUUAACCAAUUAUGACUAGGCAUUGCCUACUAAUUGUCUACUAAUUGGUUGAUGAUGUCAUUGGAAACAUUUAUCUUCCUCUAUCUUUUAUUUACUACAAAACAUAGAAACGCGCCAUUUUCACAUUUGAUGAUGUUGGGGUGGUAUUUUCCCCUUUUAGUGGUACGAAAGAUUUAUUUGAAGGACCUUGCAUGCAGUGUGUUAAUUAAAUAAUAUUAAUAUGGACACCCAUGUCUUGUAUCUGGAUAAUGAGUCUUCAGUGCAAUAACUACAGUAUUAUCUUUAAUGUGACGUAUUACUUUCAAAACAGACCUAUUGGAAUUGCUAUUGGAUUGCCCAUCGGUACUAUCUCACUUGAUAUAACUGAUGGGCUCACUUGAAAAAGAGAUGUAUAUCUCAAUGUGACUUCUUUGUUUAUUUUUUGUGUCCGUUAUUUAACCAAUCUUUCAGUGAAGUGGUCUGGCAUGAUGACUAACAGUUGGUGAUAUGCCUCUUGGUUGGGGAGGGUCAGUCUCUACAGUUGGUACGUCUGCGCUCUGCAAUAUGUUUUCCAGUACCCCAGGGUAGUGGGGUGUGUCCGGGUAUUUGACUGAGGGUGUGGCAAUCCCACUCAGCAUGGUGAGGCUGAGACGGUCCUCUAUCUGCUAGAUGUGGUUAUCUGCCCGUUAAGGCACUGUUGUCUUACUCUCUGAGAGAUCCCAUGCCUUGUCAUGUUCAACCUGCACAACAGUGUCGGUUACAGUAUGUAGCAACAUGUGUGUACAGACAGUACUAGACCUAUAGAGAUACUGAACACCUGUACAGUGUAAUGCCUCCACUCAGCCUUAGGCCCUGUCUGUAGUCAUACAAUAGUGAAAAGCAUUUGCAGACACAACUAGACAAUGUGGGUGUAUAUCUAGACACUGACUGUGCUAUGAUGAUGUCUCGUGAGUCAGACAUGUUUAGUCCAGACGCUCUGCUAUCACGUCUCACUAGGCUAGACUAAUCCCAUCCAAUGAUGACAUCUCUUUGUCUCAGGGAAGAACAAAACGAUGGUGGCAUCUAGAAUAUUUGUUAUAUUUCAGCUCUUGUUCAUGUUAAAGGUAUUUUAAUUCCGUUGAUCUUCUCCUUCUCCUUAUCCCCAAUACCCUGCGACCUGUUUUAAUUUAGACUGAGUUUUCUCGACCCCCGUAAAGAAUACCUCAAUAUUUCUGUAUGUACUCAGAGGGUGUAUCAAAUCUUUAUUUUUCCUUGGUAUGUUUGUUUUUUAUAAUCAUGUCUGACGUUUGCUCUUUGUUGUGUCUUACAGAUGAACGGGAUCGAGUACAGAAAAAGACCUUCACAAAAUGGGUGAACAAACACUUGAUAAAGGUAUGGUCACACACUACCAGAGUACAUUUAUAUGCUCAAUAACUCAAUACCUAACUCACUCUCCCUGACUUAAUCACCUUAAUGCACUCAUCACUGGUAUCAAUAGUUUAUACACAAAGACACACACACCGACUCAUUUUUAACCAUCAUCUAUUUGAUUUCAAUAGAUUUGUUUCAAUAUUGGUUCUGAGCUGAUACAUUUCUACUGGACUUCUCACAAUGACUCAUACAACAUUUUCAAAAUCAGUAUUCCUAUGUUAUUUCAUAAAUAUCAGUCAAAUAUCAUCAAACUAAUGAAAAGGGCUGAAGUGGUUACUUGCAUAACAACCACAGAAUUUGUCAAAAUAGGAUUUAUGGGGAGUUGGAUCACUACUGUUCCAGAAGUGAUGUGUGCGAGUGGCAAAUGGCAGAUGUUUCCUUAGUGAAUCAUACCUCAUCAUUGGCCCACCAACCACAUGGGGGCUGAGCUGUGUGUUUUCUGACGGUUGCAAUUUAGCCUCUCUGCAAAAAAUGGAUCUUUAGCUUCAGAAGUCAUUUUGCCUCUAAUGACAGGAGUAGGCUAGAAUCUUUGGCGGGAAUCGUGACGACACCGGCCAGAUACUUUAUUACUGUGUUUUGGAUGUGUAGUUCCGUUUCUCAAAUUUAAAACGGGGACGAAUCUUAACAAACACCAGGGCCCGUAUUCAUAAAGCGUCUCAGAGUAGGAGUGCUGGUCUAGGAUCAGUUUUACACAGGCCCAGAUAGUUUCUGUAUUAGAGGAAGACUAUGUUCUCACCUCUUAUGUUUACCAUUAUUAUUUUGGCAUAGGGGAUAUCUGUGUUGGUAUGUUAGUAGAUGAGAUGUGACCAUCUGAUUUAACCAUUACUGCAUUACUAUGAGUGGAGCUGGGUCCAUUCUGGUCCAGCCAUGCUGAACAUGCAGGUGCCAUUGAAGUCAUGAUCCCAUGCUGGGUAGUAUCCAUGACAACACAAUAUUAUGACGGUGAGUUUGGAUCCCCCAUUAGACAGAUAUCCACAGAUAUCAAACCAUCAAGUGGUUGUUCUUUAAUAUCAUCUCAACCUACUACAACAAUAGUCAGACAGGCCACCCCUUUCGAAGAGCUUCAUUGAAAGUGACAUGCAUUGGUCAUACACAGACGUGCAACACACACGGAAAGGUUACUGGAAAUCAUGAGUGUUUGGUUUCUAGCUUGGUGUUUUGAGGGAAGGUUUAUCAGAAGACCAGUCUCUCUUCGACUGAGUGAGUUUGUAAAUUGUGCUGUUGUCACCAUUCUCUUCUCACCUACCUCACCCCUGUCCCUUCACUUCGGGCUGAAAAUCAUUCAAUUAAUGAGGGGUCCUCUACAGAGGAGGGGGUGGGUUAACAAACCAAACAACUCACUCUGGAGUUUCUCAUUAGAAAUGAAAAAAAUGACCCCCACCACGACAGCCCCUCCCACUAGUACAUGUAUAAAUACCCCCGCUUUCCUCGUGUCAUAAUUCAUUUGACAAAAUCCCACCAGUAACCCAACGUUUACAGCCCAAGCCAUUAAGGGACUCAUCAUAAAUCUCCAUUCUCCCUCAAAAGAAACAAGCCCAUUAAUUUUGCCUUGAAAAAGAAACAAAAAUAGCUACACAAAAUAAAAUUUCCUUUCCAUGUACUGUGUAUGUGCACUGUGUGGUGCUAACAUACUCUGUUCCUGAUAUAACACACAAGCAUGCAGUCUUUUCGUUAAGUGUUUUAUGUGAGUCACAGACAUCUGGAUUCGUUUUGCUCUUUGCCUCUGAAGCACCACAUUCUGUUCUGGGCCCAAGGCCCGGUGGCUGCUGGCUGGGCCAACAGUAGCACAUGUGGGUCUGGGUGGCUGACUGCCUGCCUGCCCUUAGCUCUUUGCUAGUCAAGGUCUUUAAGUGUUCCUUACAGACACUAUCAGAGGAAAUCAAUCUGUGUCUCUUGUCUUUCCCACUACCAUAAUGACAAAAUUGGUAGGCCUAUAUGACAAGAUUUGCAUCUCAUUUAAUGUUUGAUGGACUGGGAUGACUGUACAUUUUACCAUUUUAGAACGUUUGAAUUAAGUAGGCUAUGUAUUGACAUUAAGUAGACAAAUGUUUAAUUCAGAGCUUUCUUAGAGAGAACUGUCUUCUUAGAAACUGUUUAAUACCGUACACAAUAUGUGGUAUGCAAUGCAUUGUUACAGAACUAGCCUAGACAUUAAAAUGAAAUAGCAACCCAAGCAAGGUUUUGAAAAACAUAAUUGGAAACAUCAUGCAGGAUCAUUUCUAAUAUAGCAUUUUGCGGUAGAACGAAAGUGUUAAUAGUCUUCCCGUGUGAAAGCCUGCUCUUCUGAUGUUAAACUGACGUUGAACUAAUGUUUUUAAUGCGUUUCCAGUGGGCGCGUCCCGGGGAUGGGCCGGGCCAUGAGGGGUAAAGGGAUAUGGAAUAACUUCCACUCAUGCAUAAAUCUUGUGUGUGUCAAAAUGGGUGGGAAGACAAAAUGGAGGGUUUCUCAACCAUUAUUUUGCAGUGUUAUGUAAAGGGUAAUCCACUGAAGUUUACAUCAUUCUGUAGAUGUAAUGCCCCAUUCACUUUUAAUGAAGUGUACAGACCAGACAGACAUAAAGUAUCGCUAUUUUCUUAUACAAUGACGUGUGUGAUUUUUUAUAGCCUUUCAACAUUAUAAUAACACAUGUAACCCUAGGUUAACUGAAGGACACAUCACCUAAAGUGUGUUUUGUAACGGGAAAGCAAAGUCUAGUUUGUGGUGGAUGAGGAGUAUCAGGUUCUGUGUUGACUGGCCUAACGGUUUAAACCUUGAUGUACUCACAAUGAGCACAGAUCAAAUGGAUCACUUGACUCGAGUUGACUGGAGUGCACAAUUUGUACCAUGACACCACCUGAUCAUGUUGACUCAAUAUGAGCUUCUUCAACAUGGGCUAUUGUUUUUUGAUGACAGACAGGGUUUAAAUAGAUGCUACAGGAUAGCAGAGAGAGAUACUGUUGUAGCUACCACAGAGGAACCAAUGAGAGAGAAGCAUUUCACAGUACAACUACAAUUACACUGUAGAAUGCCUUCGAAUUGAAGUUGGAUAUUGACUGAUUUGAGGUCAUUUGGCCUAUAGUGAUAGCUGUCGUAUUUGUAGCCCCAAGCAGUUGAACUGAAGAAAAACACUUGAAUGUUAUGCGAUCUUGUCCCAUCAGUUCCAGUAUUGUUGAGGUUGGAGACUCUUACGGUAUUAAUGUGUAAACAGUGAUCCCUAGUGGCCAUAAUAAACCCUAACUGCAUUUCAAACCUCCAUGGAUGGAGUGUCUACACCACAGGUGGGCAGGAGUGAGUUACUGUGUUCACACACAGGAUUAUAUAACUACUUAUAACACACAGUAUUAUAUAAGUACUUACCAUUGAUGGCAGUAAUAAAUCAAGGUAGUGAGUGUUACAACUUGCAGGGGCGAGACUUGCAUACAUAACUGUGUGAGGACAGUACCCCUUUUUCACAAGAUCGAACAACACACUGACACAGUGGCAAAGCAUUACAUGCAAUCUCCCAAUAUUAACUGUGUCAUAAAGCACUAAUAUUAGUAACUAUGUUUACCAUUCUCUUUUAUUCUAUCCAUCUAACCUUUUUCCAUUUUCUUUCAUCUUUUUGCUAAAUCUCUGUUUGAAUACGUAAUCAUUAUAAUCUCAGACUCAUGAUCAUAUUCUCUUCCUCUUUCUGUCAUUCUCCCUUUCUAUUCUCCUUGUUCUCUUUAUCUCAUCCACUCAUUCUCCGUCAUCCAGCAUUGGAAAGCAGAGGUAGGUACCAGCUGCCUGCAAGCCCCAGCAGGAGUGCACUGUAUGUGGGACACAUUCUGAUGUGCAUGUAGACCACCUUCUACCCUUCCCCUAGGCCCUCCACCUGAACACUAUCCCAUCCCCACACCUAUGCCAUCACUGUGAAAGUAUGAGGAAUUACACUGACGCAGUCACACAGAAAUAGGCCUAUGCCUUGUGGACUGUGGGCCAAACUCUAACUUGAAAUAUGUGCAAGUAACUAAGGCUUGGUCAUGUAAAUCAUGCAUUGACGUCAAUGGGAGAUUUUCCAAGUUACGUGCCCCAGACCUCAAGUGUGUGGACUAUAUGUUGCGCAAUAAAGUACAUACUCGAAGCAUGCAGUCUCUUUGCAUUUGGAUAACAACUACUUUUAAAUCCUUCAGUUUCAGUCAUUCCCUACUUCUCUCUCUUAGCUUUCACCCUCUUCUGCUCACUAUCACAGUUUAUCUUUCUUACUGGAAUUGAUUAUAGCAUGCAUGCAGUCCCAAGACUCACUGGAGUAUCUGUUUUCAUUUGCAAGUAUCUGUUUGCCUGUGUUUGUACUUUUAUAUGUAUAGUACCAGUCAUUCCAGGGAUUUUCUUUAUUUUUUAUUAUUUUCUACAUUGUAGAAUAAUAGUGAAGACAAACUAUGAAAUAACACAUAUGGAAUCAUGUAGUAACCAAAAAAGUGUUAAAGUAAUCAAAAAAUAUUUGAGAUUUAAGAUUCUUCAAAGUAGCCACCCUUUGCCUUGAUGACAGCUUUGCACACUCUUGGCAUUCUCUCAACCAGCUUCAUGAGGAAUGCUUUUCCAACAGUCUUGAAGGAGUUCCCACAUAUGCUGAGCACUUGUUGGCUGCUUUUCCUUUACUCUGAGGUCCAACUCAUCCCAAACCAUCUCAAUUGGGUUGAGGUCAGGUGAUUGUGGUGGCCAGGUCAUCUGAUGCAGCACUCCAUCACUCUCCUUGGUCAAAUAUCCCUUACACAGCCUGGAGAUGUGUUUUGGGUCAUUGUCCUGUUGAAAAAUAAAUGAUAGUCCCACUAAGAGCAAACCAGAUGGGAUGGCAUAUUGCUGCAGAAUGCUGUGGUAGCCAUGCUGGUUAAGUGUGCCUUGAAUUCUAAAUAAAUCACUGACAGUGUCACCAGCAAAGCACCCCCACACCAUCACACCUCCUCCUCCAAGCUUCACGGUGGGAACCACACAUGCGGAGAUCAUCCAUUUCACCUACUCUGCGUCUCACAAAGACACGGCGGUUGGAACCAAAAAUCUCAAAUUUGGACUCAUCAGAUCAAAGGACAGAUUUCCACCGGUCUAAAGUCCAUUGCUUGUGUUUCUUGGCCCAAGCAAGUCUCUUUUUUUAUUGGUGUCCUUUAGUAGUGGUUUCUUUGCAGCAAUUCGACCAUGAAGGCCUGAUUCAGGCAGUCUCCUCUGAACAGUUGAUGUUGAGAUGUGUCUGUUACUUGAACUCUCUGAAGCAUUUAUUUGGGCUACAAUUUCUGAGGCUGGUAACUCUAAUGAACGUAUCCUCUGCAGCAGAGGUAACUCUGGGUCUUCCUUUCCUGUGGCGGUCCUCAUGAGAGCCAGUUUCAUCAUAGCUUUUGAUGGUUUUUGCGACUGCACUUGAAGAAACUUUCAAAGUUCUUGAAAUGUUCCGUAUUGACUGACAUUCAUGUCUUAAAGUAAUUAUAGACUGUUGUUUCUCUUUGCUUAUUUGAGCUGUUCUUGCCAUAAUAUGGACUUGGUCUUUAACCAAAUAGGGCUAUUUUCUGCAUACCCCUCCUACCUUGUCACAACACAACUGAUUGGCUCAAACUCACAUGUGUUAAUUGAAAUGCAUUCCAGGUGACUACCUCAUGAAGCUGGUUCGGAGAAUGCCAAGAGUGUGCAAAGCUGUCAUCAAGGCAAAGGGUGGCUACUUUGAAGAAUCUCAAAUAUAAAAUAUAUUUUGAUUUGUUUAACAAAUUUUUGGUUACUGCAUGAUUCCAUAUGUGUUAUUUCAUAGUUUUGAUGUCUUCACUAUUAUUCUACAAUGUAGAAAAUAGUAAAAAUAAAGAAAACCCCUGGAAUGAGUUGUUGUGUCCAAACUCUUGACUGGUACUGUAUGUGUGAAAGAUUUAUGAUCCCCAUGUCUAGGUGCCCUAUCAAAUCAGAAUCAUAACCAGAUCCAGAAUAUUAAAACGUUAUUACAUAAAUACAGCGCACGGCUUAUAGGUAUUUUGUCUAGGUGUUGCACAAAAAAAUAAAAUGUGAUGACAACCCUUGCCUUACCUCUCUCCCUUCUCUUUCUGUUCCACAGGCACAGCGUCAGGUGACUGACCUGUAUGAAGACCUGAGAGAUGGACACAACCUGAUCUCCCUCCUGGAGGUCCUCUCUGGGGAGACACUGGUGAGUACUGCUGACUUCUGAUUGGCAAAUGGACUGACCUCUGCAUAUGCAACCAAACUCGAUCCAAACCUCCACUCUGAACCAAGUCCUGACACUAAGAAACAAAAGUCUAGCCCUUAUUUAUACCUACCUAAUCCAAACCGGUAUACCAUCCCUGAAGCAAAGCAAACAUUUGCCAGACUUUCAGGUCAUAGCACAACCUAACAAGACAUUAGCUGGAACGUAAACAAAGACGCAUUAACUGUCUAAGACAACCCCUGCUUACCUACCUCUCAUUCCAGUCCCCGGAAAUGUUAACUAUUUGUAGUUGUUUAGAUUUUUUUAAAUAAGUCAAUAAGUCAGCACUGGAUGCUUGCACAUUAUGAUGAUGCGUAAUAGGUUACUGCAGAUCUCACGGGAAGCAUUGCACUCUGUUUCUGCUACAGUAGCUCAUCGCUCUGCUGGUCUCUGCUCAUCUACCAGACGCCUCCAUGGUCCUAACACAUUAACCCCACUUUGGCUUCUCUUUUUGAACUGUGUGCUCCUGUCUGACCGUUCUCUGGUUUUCCUUCUCUGCUCCCCCCCCCUCCUCCUGCCCCCCUCUUUACCCACCUAAACUUUCCCCCCUUUCCUGUAUGCUGACCUUUGGCCUUUGGCCUAUGCCUCCUCUCUUUGCACUGCUCUUUGCUGGGGCUAGGCAAGGGAGAGAGACGUGGUCAGGAACUUGCGGUUGGUGAGUGGGGUUUUCUAUAACUUGGCCGCCAUUUUCUUAUUCUACUUCAUGUGGCUUGGGUCAUCCAUUACCCAGUGGCUCGGCUGUGCAUGAUGCCACUUCCUGUCAUUAUGAUUCCAUUCAUUUUUUUCCCCUAUCAUUGACAAGCUUGCAAAGUCUCAGAAGUGCAUUAACCAUUUCGCUGCUGGCUAUAAACAAAAAACCCUAAGUUAUUAGUAGGUGCUGUUGCUGAAUGAAGGAAUUACAUAAUUGACUAACUACUUCAUUGACUCUAGCCAUUGACGCUAUAACAAUACUUGAAGCAAUGGAAAUGAUCAGUUUGAAAAUAAAUGUUGUUUCUGUUUAGCUCAGUUACUAAUGCAUACUACAUAGCAGAAAUACAGUAUUCUUUGGAAAUGGAAGUCUUCAAGUCAUUGUUCUCCAAUCAGAACACAUGUCCCAAGAGGUGACACAAUUCAAAACCAACCAACCAAAGAUUCCUGCACCUAAUAACUAAUCACGUUAUUGGCUAAGCCAAUACAUGACUGAUGCUCCCCCCUCCCCUUCUUUCACUCCAAAUAUAUCUCCUAUUUACCUCUGUUUGUCUGUCGAAGGUGAAGAACAGGUAUGUACACAAUGAAUGAUGUCAUUAAUGUGGUUUUAUAAUGAGUGAAGUUUUACUUGGAGAUCUGUGAGACACAUCAGUUAUUCAUCGUAUUCUUUGUCAUUUACCUUUUCCUUUGGAGAAAAAUCAUGUGUACUCUUGUCAUUGAGUCUACAAUUUAGUCUACAAUCUAACCCCCCACCCACUCUCCUCCUCUGUCCCUCUGCUGGUCCUUCUCUCUCUCUCUCUCUCUCUCUGUUUUUCUUGUCUUCUAUCUGUAAUUAUAUAUCUAUCUAUAAUUAUAUAUAUUUCUCUAUCUAUAUCUCUUGUUAUAUAUGUCUAUCUAUAUGUUUCUCUCUGUUCUUUCUAUGUCUUCUUCUUCUCUUCUCUCGUCUCCAAGUUCUCUUGUUCUCUCUCUAUGUCUCUCUCUCUCUGUCUCCUGUACUCUGUCUAUGUUUCUCUGUCAUUUCUCUAUGUUCUAUCUCUCUCUCAUCUUCUCUGUCUCUAUAUAUGUCUCUCAUCCUCUCUCUGCUAUCUACGUUUUUUGUUCUCUCUCUCUCUCUCUCUCUCUCUCUCUCUCUCUCUCUCUCUCUCUCUCUCUCUCUCUCUUGUCUCUCUCUCUCUCUCUCUCUCUCUGUCUCCCCGUUCUUUGUCUAUCUCUCUCUCUGUCUUUCUGUCUCUCUCUCUGUCUCUCUCUCUCUCUCUCUGUCUUUCUGUCUCUCUCUCUGUCUCUCUCUCUCUCUCUGUCUCCCCGUUCUUUGUCUCUCUCUCUCUCUCUCUCUGUCUUUCUCUCUCUUGCCCCCUCUUUCUCCUCUCUCUCCAGCCCCGAGAGAAAGGCCGCAUGAGAUUCCACAAGCUGCAGAAUGUACAGAUAGCACUGGACUUCCUCAAACACCGACAGGUAAGAGAAACAGCAAUUGAAAUGUAAUAACGGAGAUAAUGUAACAAAUGAGUUACCAUCUGAGUUUACUUCUCUUAUACUGUAUGAAGAUGACUUACUGUAAGUGACAUGACUGAGACAAAUAUCUAAAUGCAUUGGAACAGAGUAAUAAUGUAUCUACAAUGAUGUGAACUACUGUAAUUGUUAAGUCUCACUUCUCUGUCGUCCAAUCACAGGUCAAGCUGGUGAACAUCAGAAACGAUGACAUCGCAGAUGGCAACCCCAAGCUGACCCUUGGGCUGAUAUGGACCAUCAUCCUUCACUUCCAGGUGUCCUGCUCUGUCAGUGUUGUGUUCCCAUACCAUAUAGCUCCUCCUCUUCCUAUCCCCUUGGCUCUGAUCCAAGCCAAUCAGCAACAAUCACAAAUUGAACUCAAUCCAAUCAUGUGUGAUCCAUUUGAUCUCAAUCACUCGAAAUGUUACCACGUUGCUUUCAGAAAAUCUCAGUGCUAUCAAAUCUGUUAUCAAAUUAUUCUAAAAUAUAUUUAAAUCAUAGUAUUAUUACAGUUUAAUAAUUAUAAUUAUAAUAACAGAGUAGGCUAAUAUACUGUAGGCCAUGCUAACCCCUCCUGAUAAUUCAUGAUCAAGCUUUAAUUUAGUUAUUUUGAAACAUGGAAAGAAUAAGGAAGUCAUCUUAUGAUGUAGCUUUCCCUGCCACUUAAAUAGCCUUAACAUCUUGAUAAAGUGUUACAGUACAAUAGCAUCAGUGUGUGUGAAUCACUCUUCCCAUGCAUCCCAGGGGAAAGGAGUGGCAUAACUAUAACUCACUGACAACCUACCCACUGGGCAAAAAAACUGGUUGAAUCAACAUUGUUUCCACGUCAUUUCAAUCCCCAAAAAAAGCUAUGUUAUGACAUUGAAUCAACAUGGAAAACUAAUUGGAUUUGCAAAAAGUCAUCAACGUAAGGGGAUUUAGUCUUUUUUUCACACAACUUUUAACCAAAAUCAAAUAACAUGGUGACAUUUUUUGUUGAUUUCACGUUGAAUUCACGUUAGUUGACAACUAAAUCAAAUGUAAACUUUCAAAACUAGAAGUUGAACUGACGUCUGUGCCCAGUGGGUAUACUCUACACCAGUCUUACUGCACAAUUUCAAUAAUAAUUUCAAAUACUUUAGCUAGGCUUGAUUGAGCUUGCCUGGCUUAUUUGAACCAAUACAAUACUCAAACCCUGCCCAUCUGGCACUCCAGGAAGGCUUAAGUAAACAUGAAAAGUAUUUGAAAGAUGUCAAAUAGUAUUUGAACCCAGGUCUGUGACGGACCCAUGUUCCGAUGAAGGCUCAGGAAAUGAAAGAACAUUGUGUCCUGCAAACUAUUCUCCAAGCCACUUCUAAGGUAGCAUUGACUAUUGGUUCCAUUAAGCCAGGCAAGCUCAAUCAAGCCUAGCCAAAGUAUUUGAAAUGAUUUCAAGUAGUAUUUGAACCAUGUUAUGCUGUAAAACCUUUGUGAAACAACACAUGGGCUUUCUGUAACACUACAUUAUUUGAUUAAAGAAUGCGUGGCACUGCCAGUUAAAAAGGAGCAGAAAGCCCUCCAUGUGGCAGCCUUGGUUGAGCAGGGCACAGGAAGAGAUGUUGGUUGUGCAGGAAGACUGGUGUAGAGUAUACCCACUGGGCACAGACAUCAGUUCAACUUUUAGUUUUGAUUUACAUGUACGUUGGUUUACUGUACUCCAUGUAUUGGGUUGGAUAGAGAGAUGGCGUAUCUCUCAUUUCUCAGAAGGAGAACAAAACAGCAGGAGCCUGGUGAGUCAUCAUAGGCAUUCUCCUCUUCUUUAGAGGGGAGAGGUUUAGGGUGGGGCCAUCAAGGGUGGAUUGGAUCCCGAGGAGAACACACCAGACACACACACACACACACACACAUACAGAAAGAGAUCAGUAGGCAGAGAAUUUGGUAAAUGAGCGGUCUUUUGGCAAGAACAGAGAGUACCCUCUGAGCCUCUGGUGACUGUGACUCAUCUCAUUUCCCUCCCAGCCCAAAUAGAAAAACAGUCCUACCACAUUAGCCAAUGCUGUGUGUUCCCACACUGGACCCGACAGUGUUCUAAGUUGUGUCUUGAGACCCAAAGCAGGAGCAGUCUCGGCCGACCAUCCCUACCACCUACCCAAUGACCUGGGAAUUGAGAUCUAGUUGGUGGUUCCCUUUGAUGUCACAUAUGUACUACUGAUAACAGAGUUACCUCCCCUGGCUGAAAAACAAUGUUUAUUCUUUUUUUCCACCACAGAUCAUUGAGGUGGACAAACGUGAUUCAGAUUGAGCCAGAAUAGCAUAUGAUUGAAUCAAACCCCAUCCAUUACAAUGCAUAAUUGAUUUUCUCAAAUUGAUUUUAUCUUCAUUGUUUCCACCUAUCUCCCUCUGCCACCAUGACAAGCAGGGUUGGGGUCAAUUCCAUAUCAAUUCAGUCAAUCCAGGAAGUAAACUGAAAUUCCAUUUUCAAUUCCAAAUCUCGUCAUUGAGAAGCCAUUUUCAUCCAAUGUUCAGUUAACUUCCUGCAUUGACCAAAUGUAAUGGAAUUGACCGAAUUUAAAUUGAAUUGACCCCAACCCUGGUAGAGUGUUGCCUCCUCCCCGUCUAACCCCGGUAUCUAUCCUCCCCUGUUAGAUCUCGGACAUCCAGGUGAAUGGCCAGUCAGACAACAUGUCGGCCAAGGAGAAGCUGCUGCUGUGGUCCCAGCGCAUGGUGGAGGGCUACCAGGGCAUCCGCUGUGACAACUUUACCACCAGCUGGAGGGACGGCAAGCUUUUCAACGCCGUCAUACACAAACACCAGUAAGUGGUCUUCUGUAGCUCAGUUGAUAGAACAUGCUGCUUGUAAUGCCAGGAUAGUGGUGUUCGAUUCCCGGGUCCACCUGUACAUAGAAUGUAUGCACGCAUGAUUGGAAAAAGGGGCUGCUAAAUGGCAUAUAUUGUUAUUAUUUUUAGUGUAUUACUUUGGUGAUCGACACCCCAAGCCACAAUACGUAAUGUAAAAAUGACAGUAUUUAAUCUCAGUUCCCAGAACCAAAUCUUGGGUAAAGUCUGUCAUAAGGGACUAUACUGCACCUAAUGUUCAGAUACUGGUGAACACCUUUGGAUUGUAACAUCAGAAUGUUACACGUAAGCCCUGCUGUCGCCCCAAAUGUAGCCUCACCUCCAGCUAUUUCAGGUUUAUUCAUCAAGGUGAGAUUACCCCAAAAAUGACAAGAUUACCCCAAAUGUACCCCUCAGUAGACUGUACCCACUCAUGUUAUUACCCACAGUAAGUGGCAGUAAUAGGUGUUAAUCUCUCUUGUCCUAGUGUCUCUGGUAGUUCUAAGCUAUGCAACGGGGUUGUCAUGGCACAUCACCGCACUUACGUUUUAUUUGAUGUGAAGCAGAUUGGGCAGGAAUGGGAAAGUGGUAGGCCACACAAGCUCACAGAACGGCACCGCCGAGUGCUGAAACACGUAGCGCGUAAAAAUUGUCUGUCGUCGGUUGCAACACUCACUACCGAGUUCCAAUCUGCCUCUGGAAGCAACGUCAGCACAAGAACUGUUCAUCGGUAGCUUCAUGAAAUGGGUUUCCAUGGCCAAGCAGCCGCACACAAGCCUCAGAUCACAAUGCAGUGUCGGCUGGAGUGGUGUAAAGCUCGCCGCCAUUGGACUCUGGAGCAGUGGAAACACGUUCUCUGGAGUGAUGAAUCACGCUUCACCGUCUGGCAGUCCGACGGACGAAUCUGGGUUUGGCGGAUGCCAGUAGAACGCUACCUGCCCCAAUGCAUAGUGCCAACUGUAAAGUUUGGUGGAGGAGGAAUAAUGGUCUGGGGCUGUUUUUCAUGGUUUGGGCUAGGCCCCUUAGUUCCAGUGAAGAGAAAUCUUAACGCUACAGCAUACGAUGACAUUAUAGACAAUUUUGUGCUUCCAACUUUGUGGCAACAGUUUGGGGAAGGCCCUUUCCUGUUUUCAGCAUGACAAUGUCUCCGUGCACAAAGUGAGGUCAAUACAGAAAUGGUUUUUUAAGAUCGGUGUGGAAGAACUUGACUGGCCUGCACAGAGCCCUGACCUCAACCCAACUGAACACCUUUGGAAUGAAUUGGAACGCCGACUGCGAGCCAGGCCAAAUCGCCCAACAUCAGUGCCCGACCGUACUAAUGGUCUUGUGGCUGAAUGGAAGCAAGUGCCCACAGCAAUGUUCCAAAAUCUAGUGGAAAGCCUUCCCAGAAGAGUGGAGGCUGUUAUAGCAGCAAAGGGAGGACCAACUCCAUAUUAAUGCCCAUGAUUUUGGAAUGAGAUGUUCGACGAUCAGGUGUCCACAUACUUUUGGUCAUGUAGUGUAUAUCUACACACGAGUACAAAUGUAAACUCUCAGGUACAUAAUCAGACACUGGUUUCAGUUUCAACAAAAGAGAGAAAAGUUUCCCAUGUCUUAUAAAUUAAGAUUGUGGAUCCACGUAGUGUUUAUUUCUCAGUUCUAACUAGUCCUGAGGUAAAUUACCUUUUUAUUCGAACUCUGUAGUUCUUCAAUCUCCUGUCCUGGCCGUACUUGAUCGUACAGGUUUCAGGCAGCUCUAAUAAGACAUUUCUUUGAACUUGUCAGUGCCCUGGGCCUGGAAUACCACAGGUGGGUGUUGUCUCAGAUGGAUACAGGUACUGGCACUGAUUUCAGCACUUAUAUGAUGUUAUUAUUAUGUUAUUAGACUCACUAAUGCCCAUUCAGGUGGAGAGGGUGCUGUCGGAGGCACCUGGGUGGUGUAGAAUUGGGAAAGAUGGGUUUGUUUACUUAUCCUUUCAUAAGAAUCUAUUUUUCUAGGGAGCCCUGGACUAGAGGAGUGACUAAAUGAGUUCUAAGUGCAUUACUCCUUCUGUUAAUAUUACAAUGGCCUCAGAGCUGCUUUAGUCACUGUUGAAGCAUACAGUUACAUAUAGACAUGAAUAUGGGAGUGGAUGAGUGGAGAUAUGUCUGUGGUCUCUCAAAGUGGAGGCGAGGUCCUAAAAAGCCAUAGAGACAGGCACAUUAUCUGUAAAUAAUAGUGCGCUUUGUGCACGGGGGCAUUGUCAUGCUGAAACAGGAAAGGGCCUUCCCCAAACUGUUGCCACAAAGUUGGAAGCACAAAAUUGUCUACAAUGUCAUUGUAUGCUGUAGCGUUAAGAUUUCCCUUCACUGGAACUAAGGGGCCUAGCCCGAACAUGAGAGCGACUGAAAGAGGGACAUGUGAUGAGGGAAGUAUGGGUAAUUACCCAGCAAGGCGUGGCACUAAAGGAAGAAAGAGAGGCCCACAGGGCAGGUUCAAUCAAAGCUGUACGUGUACCUGCAAAGUUCAGCUACACCCUGCUCUCGCUAAGAGAGAGCGAGAAGGAGAUAGAGAGAACACUUUUUAAUUUUUGAGUGUCACCUAAGGCAGUGUAUUUAGUAGCUGAUUUAUUUUCAUAACGAGAGAGGAGGUGUGUCAAUGUAACACUCCUACUCAAAUGACGAACACUGCAGAGUUACUUUUUGCACAGCCUACAGUCGACACUAUCCACCGAUUUGCGGCACUUUUUGAACCACUUAUUUGGAGGGUUGAAUGUUGUUGUCACACUGGGAACUAAGGACCUUACCUUGGACAGGUGAAAGUUACAGUUGAUAUUGGGGGAGUUGUUUUGGAUAGACAGGGCUGAGGUUGGGAGGUCAGGUCAGAGGGGAUGACAGCAGUUAGCCUCUUAGUGGUACAGAGACGUUUCUUCUCUCACGGAGAGGGUUGAGCACUCUUUGUAGACUCAACAUGAAGAUUGUGAAGACGUCUUAUUGAAGACGUCAGUGCUCGGGUGGGAUUUAUCUGUACAUUCUGCAAACUUGGACCCGGCUGUUUCCCGAACAAACACCAAAAAAUCACAAGGAAGCUUGUUAAAAUGGUUGGAGCAGCAAGCCUUUUGGAAUUGGAAGUUCACUGUUAAGUGCAACAUUUUCACUUGCCACUGGAAGACUACGAAACAUCUAGCCAGCUUUCUCUCCGUUUUGGGGAGACUACAACUCCCAGAAGGCACCAUGAUGUCGGGUCUGAAGAGGAAGCUAUCCAUGAAGUCCAGGAAGAGGACUGGCAGCUCGUCCAGCAUGGUCACAGGCUUGAUCAGCUCGUUAGAAGACCGUGUGGUCAUGCAGUGUGACGAUAUCCCCUCAGAGUGCUCCUCCUGGGGCUCCCACAGCUCAGGGGCCCACUCUAGCAGCGACUCCCACUCAGGGGACCAGGAGCUGGGCCAGGGGACAGGGCUGGGACAGGACUGGAGCCCCCGCAGUCUCCAGGGAGGGGAGGGGAGGCUGGUCAGCCCCAGUAGGGUAGAAGGGAGGCCCCCCAGGCCACGGAAGCAACUCUCUCUUAGGGAGGUGCAGUGCCUGGAAUCAGCCACAAGCCCUGGGGAUUACUACGCUGUCCGCUCCACCCUUCACGUCAAAUCACUGUACGGAUCUGCUCUAAGCUUCUGGUUAUUUGUCUUGGGCUUUACUUUCAGAGUAUAUGAGAAUAAUGUGAAUGUAUUGUAAAGAGAGAAUGUGUAUACUGUGCCAUAAAAGAUAGAAUAAGCUCUAAACAGUGACAUUUUUACUAAUGCAUGCAAUGAAAAACGAAUUAGAGAGGGAACUUUUGUUACAGAUGUUUUAAAUGUUUACAUUGGUCAAUAAUUUAAUUUGAGUAACAGUAUUAUUUGAAUGUUUCCCUAUUUUCUGUUCACUUACUAUCCUCUCCGUGGUGCAGAUGAGAGUAACGGGGAGCGAGUAUAGGGGCUUAUCUCAUUUUAAAUAUGGCUGCCCUGAAAGUCUGCUGCAGCCCCAUGUAACAUUCCCUUCAUAUAUAGCUGCCAAGCACCCCAGGGGAGGCAGGUGUUCACUACAGAUUUAUGACAUACAGACGUGGCAUUAAAUUUUUAGGACAAGUGAUAUGUAGGUAGGAAUGAUCAGUAUCUGCCCAGCCAGUCCUUAUACCCUCCUCACCUGUCUACACUGCCUUUACACCAAUCAUGACUGAUGUCCCAUGGUUGUGUCUCCUCAGGCCUAGACUCAUUGACAUGAGUAAGGUGUACCACCAGACCAACGUGCAGAACCUUGAGUACGCCUUCAAUGUGGCAGAGACAGACCUGGGCGUGACACGCCUGUUGGAUCCAGAGGGUAAGACUGCAUUGAGAUGCUCCAGUACAUGUACAUGUGAUGAUGGCUGACCGCAACACCAGGGGUGUAAUCAUAAGUGCACACUGUAGCAAAGAGUUGCAAAACGUUUCGCAACAGAAAACGUUUUCCAACUAGUUUAUUUUGGUCAAAUUCCCUCCCCAUUUUGUUCUGUUUACUUCGGUUUUGUUCCUAGUGAAUGCACAUCAAGUUCUCCGACCACGUCCCACCUAACCUUGUACUUUUAAUAUUUAUUGGAAGAAGAGUCAGGGGUGAGAGACUCCAGAUGGAACUUGAAGAGCCCCCCCCCCCCCAUACCCUUCCGUGCUGAUGCACUGUAUGAGCCGUGUCCAAUCAAAAAUGUUGAUAGCUUACUCCUUUCUCCAAAUCCACCAUGAACAUGAUCUAAGUGUUUAACUAAUGAUUACACACAUAUUCACAUACCAACUAAUGAUUGGGUACACUUAACUCUUUGUUAUUCAAUGAAAGGCCCUCAUCCUAAAACAUUUAUAAAGUAACUAAUAACACCUCAAAGUACUUAAUUCUGUUUUUGGUAUUUGCAGCACCUCCCUUCCUCUUUUGCUGUGAAAAAAUCUAUAAACACACAAUUAUUUUCCCAGAUGUUGACGUGCCACACCCUGAUGAGAAGUCCAUCAUCACCUACGUGUCGUCCCUGUAUGAUGCCAUGCCCCGGGAUGUCCAGGAUGGAAUCCAGGCUAACGUGAGUGACUCAAGUGUAUUUCUGACCACCACGGAUCUCUGAAUAAACCUGAUAUACUCACAAACUGGACACUUCACGUCCGAGACUCAGAUUGAUAAAUUCAAAAGGGCGCUGUUAUUACAUUCAAUCCUACUUUCAAUGAGAGUUCAUUCAGAGGACUCCCGGAUUACACAGGCUUGUGACAGUCAGAACAUGUAAUUGUUUUGUUUAUGACACUGACAUCCAGAGUCGCUUCAAGUUGGAACUACAAUAGAAGUCCUGUGAUCCUAAAUGGAGCUGCAGGAAAUUAGCAACCUUCUGUGUUUACUUCAAAGUACUUUCUACCCAAUAAACACCUUCUCACACCACGGUAUGAUCACAGCACACAGAAGAGACCUGUUGGAAAAGCAGAAUGGUGUACGGUAUUGAUUUUAGAGUGCCAUUUGUACUCCAAUGAUAACUAAAGAUAUACUGAAAGUGAGUAAAGGAGGGAACUUUUGUUUAUUGCACAUGCGUAUACAUAUGCUCAUGCACACACACACACACACACACACACUACAUUAUCUUUCUCUCUCUCUCUCUCUCUCUCUCUCUCCAAUUCAAUUUGCUUUAUUGGCAUGACGUAACGAUGUACAUAUUGCCAAAGCGUACUUUGGAGAUUAAGUGAUACAUUUAUAAUAUUAACAUAAUUAAAAUAAUACUAAUCAAUAUUGUCAACGAGACAAUCAGUAACAACACUCACUCACUCACUCACUCACUCACUCACUCACUCACUCACUCACUCACUCACUCACUCACUCACUCACUCACUCACUCACUCACUCACUCACUCACUCACUCACUCACUCACUCACUCACUCACUCUCUGCUCCCUGUCCAGCCACACAAGGCUGGUCCUGUUGACACCUAAUUGAGUGAGGGUGGUGUGUGAGCAGGCGAGUUAUCAUGGCUCUCCAGGAGAAGGGACUUGCUGUGUGUUGUUAAACCCUGCUAUUGUCUGCUGUUUUCUGCUGUGUCUGUGCUACAGGAGCUGGAGCUGCGCUGGACAGAGUACUAUGAGCUGGUCACUAUCAUUCGGCAGUGGAUAAGCCACCAUGUCGUUAUCUUCGGGGAGAGGAGGUUCCAAGGCAGCUAUGAGGAGAUAGAGGUGAGUCUCCUACCUGAACAGUUAUUAGUAGUGCUGUUGUGACUGGGAUUGGAAUGCUACUUGUGGCUAGUCACAUAAAGUAUUAUUGCUAGACAUGGGAGCGUGUAUACUGUAACUUGGAUACUGAAAAUACUGUAUGUGUUUCUGUGUCUAUACAUUUUCAUAUAUCGGGUCUGUAGCUAAGGCAUUUUUUUUUGUUGCUGUGAAUUAUGUUUAUAAAAUUUCUCCACACACACCUUCAUUUAUUUUCUCUUACCAUGACUAUGCCUAUUCAGAGAUGCCUUACAUGCUCAAAUCGUUCUGGAGAUUCAUUUCUCUGAGCUCUUACUGAUAUGGAUGCAUACAUACAUCAACAGAACUCAUGAACUCAUGAGUCGCAUGGUCGUUAAAUAGUUAAGUCAUAAUGACCAAGCAGGUAGCUCUGCCAUUCGAUACCACAUCAAACAAUUACAGUAUGUGUCCAGUCUAGAGAUUGCAUUGUCUUGUGUAUGGAAUUGUGUGGCAUCUGGGUGGGUUGCACUGGAGCUGAGAAAAGCAGACCUGAAGGCACACAUUAUUCUACCUAAUCCUCGGUGGAAUCUUCCGUACUGCCCCUCCCCAUUCCCUGGCUAGCUCUGGAUCGUAAAACGUUGCGUGCCUGAAACUUUCUCUGUGGAGACAAAGAGGACUGUCAGAUACAGGCUAGGUCAGCUCAGUCCUCCUAUUGGAUAAUGUAUAUAACAUUCAUUAACCUAUCAGUUGCUGUAAUCAGUUUCCAAAUCUUGUACAGUACAUACAAAGGAAUUGUAGAGUAAAACGGAGGAGGACGCACUUCUGUGUCAAAUUUCCUUUAUCAACUCGAACACCUAUUAUAUGUGUUUAAUGUGCUCACACCUCCUUUUCAUCAGAUGUAAUGGUAUUAUCAGAAUGAGCAGUACAAGGCUGGGUAUAUUGUGCUUCAAGGUAGUCUAAUUCCAAGAUCUCUUUUCCUAGAAAAUGGUUCCCAAAAUACAGACAAAAGCAGUAUCUCGAGAAGUCUCUGUUUGUGUUUUUACACCAUCUGUGUCUUCUAAUAAGGCAUCUGACUUUUCUAUGUACACUUUUAAACACCCCACAUCUGUGUUUGCUUUAGUCUUUAUUUUGACACCUUCCCAAACAAUCAGGUUAGCCACAUUAUUGAUCUAGUACCAUAUUGGAUUGAAAAGGUCAAGCUCUGUGCGUAUGUUUGUGAGUAAGGACAUGGGAACAUGUUAUAAAGUUACAAGGUUACAAUACUUUCUCAAGUAAUGCCCACUGUAAGAAUGUAAAAAUGUCAACGAACUCAUCAAGAGCUGUAGUUUCACACUACAAGUACUGCUAAGUGUCGUGGUUGGGGUCAAUUCCAUUUCAAAUGGAAUUUCAGUUUACAUUUAAAAGGAAGCAAGAGUAGGAUGGAUUGAUUCACAAGCUAAUAAGGUAGGUAGCCUAGCGGUUAGAGCGUUGGGCCAGGAACUGAAAGGUUGCUGGUUCAAAUACCUGAGCCGACAAUGUGAAAAAUCUGCUGACGUGUCCUUGAGCAAGGCACUUAACACUUAUUUGCUCCAGGGGCGCCAUACUACUAUAGCUGACCCUGUAAAACAACACAUUUCACUGCACAUGCUUUUUUAAAAUAUAUAUAUAUAUACAGUGAGGGAAAAAAGUAUUUGAUCCCCUGCUGAUUUUGUACGUUUGCCCACUGACAAAGACAUAAUCAGUCUAUAAUUGUAAUGGUAGGUUUAUUUGAACAGUGAGAGACAGAAUAACAACAAAAAAAUCCAGAAAAACGCAUGUCAAAAAUGUAUUUGCAUUUUAAUGAGGCAAAUAAGUAUUUGACCCCUCUGCAAAACAUGACUUAGUACUUGGUGGCAAAACCCUUGUUGGCAAUCACAGAGGUCAGACGUUUCUUGUAGUUGGCCACCAGGUUUGCACACAUCUCAGGAGGGAUUUUGUCCCACUGCUCUUUGCAGAUCUUUUCCAAGUCAUUAAGGUUUGGAGGCUGACGUUUAGCAACUCGAACCUUCACCUCCCUCCACAGAUUUUCUAUGGGAUUAAGGUCUGGAGACUGGCUAGGCCACUCCAGGACCGUAAUGUGCUUCUUCUUGAGCCACUCCUUUGUUGCCUUGUCCUGUCCCCUUAGCAGAAAAACACCCCCAAAGCAUAAUGUUUCCACCUCCAUGUUUGAUGGUGGGGAUGGUGUUCUUGGGGUCAUAGGCAGUAUUCCUCCUCCUCCAAACACGGCGAGUUGAGUUGAUGCCAAAGAGCUCGAUUUUGGUCUCAUCUGACCACAACACUUUCACCCAGUUCUCCUCUGAAUCAUUCAGAUGUUCAUUGGCAAACUUCAGACGGGCCUGUAUGUGUGCUUUCUUGAGCAGGGGGACCUUGAGGGCGCUGCAGGAUUUCAGUCCUUCACGGCGUAGUGUGUUACCAAUUGUUUUCUUGGUGACUAUGGUCCCAGCUGCCUUGAGAUCAUUGACAAGAUCCUCCCGUGUAGUUCUGGGCUGAUUCCUCACCAUUCUCAUGAUCAUUGCAACUCCACGAGGUGAGAUCUUGCAUGGAGCCCCAGGCCGAGGGAGAUUGACAGUUAUUUUGUGUUUCUUCCAUUUGCGAAUAAUCGCACCAAAUGUUGUCACCUUCUCACCAAGCUGCUUGGCGAUGGUCAUGUAGCCCAUUCCAGCCUUGUGUAGUUCUACAAUCUUGUCCCUAACAUCCUUGAAGAGCUCUUUGGUCUUGGCCAUGGUGGAGAGUUUGGAAUCUGAUAGAUUGAUUGCUUCUGUGGACAGGUGUCUUUUAUACAGGUAACAAGCUGAGAUUAGGAGCACUCCCUUUAACAGUGUGCUCCUAAUCUCAGCUCGUUACCUGUAUAAAAGACACCUGAGGGCCAGAAAUCUUUCUGAUUGAGAGGGGGUCAAAUACUUAUUUCCCUCAUUAAAAUACAAAUCAAUUAAUACCAUUUUUGACAUGUGUUUUUCUGGAUUUUUUUUAUUUUAUUCUGUCUCUCACUGUUCAAAUAAACCUACCAUUAAAAUUAUAGACUGAUCAUGUCUUUGUCAGUGGGCAAACGUAGAAAAUCAGCAGGGGAUCAAAUACUUUCUUCCCUCACUGUAUGUAUGUAUAUAUAUAUAUAUAUAUAUAUUAUAUAUAUAUAUAUUAUAGUAUAUAUAUAUAUAUUUACAUUUACGUCAUUUAGCAGACGCUCUUAUCCAGAGCGACUAUACAGUGGGGAAAAAAAGUAUUUAGUCAGCCACCAAUUGUGCAAGUUCUCCCACUUAAAAAGAUGAGAGAGGCCUGUAAUUUUCAUCAUAGGUACACGUCAACUAUGACAGACAAAAUUAGAAAAAAAAAUCCAGAAAAUCACAUUGUAGGAUUUUUAAUGAAUUUAUUGGCAUAUGAUGGUGGAAAAUAAGUAUUUGGUCAAUAACAAAAGUUUCUCAAUACUUUGUUAUAUACCCUUUGUUGGCAAUGACACAGGUCAAACGUUUUCUGUAAGUCUUCACAAGGUUUUCACACACUGUUGCUGGUAUUUUGGCCCAUUCCUCCAUGCAGAUCUCCUCUAGAGCAGUGAUGUUUUGGGGCUGUCGCUGGGCAACACAGACUUUCAACUCCCUCCAAAGAUUUUCUAUGGGGUUGAGAUCUGGAGACUGGCUAGGCCACUCCAGGACCUUGAAAUGCUUCUUACGAAGCCACUCCUUCGUUGCCCGGGCAGUGUGUUUGGGAUCAUUGUCAUGCUGAAAGACCCAGCCACGUUUCAUCUUCAAUGCCCUUGCUGAUGGAAGGAGGGUUUCACUCAAAAUCUCACGAUACAUGGCCCCAUUCAUUCUUUCCUUUACACGGAUCAGUCGUCCUGGUCCCUUUGCAGAAAAACAGCCCCAAAGCAUGAUGUUUCCAACCCCAUGCUUCACAGUAGGUAUGGUGUUCUUUGGAUGCAACUCAGCAUUCUUUGUCCUCCAAACAUGACGAGUUGAGUUUUUACCAAAAAGUUAUAUUUUGGUUUCAUCUGACCAUAUGACAUUCUCCCAAUCCUCUUCUGGAUCAUCGAAAUGCACUUCAGAUGGGCCUGGACAUGUACUGGCUUAAGCAGGGGGACACGUCUCGCACUGCAGGAUUUGAGUCCCUGGCGGCGUAGUGUGUUACUGAUGGUUGGCUUUGUUACUUUGGUCCCAGCUCUCUGCAGGUCAUUCACUAGGUCCCCCCGUGUGGUUCUGGGAUUUUUGCUCACUGUUCUUGUGAUCAUUUUGACCCCACGGGGUGAGAUCUUGCGUGGAGCCCCAGAUCGAGGGAGAUUAUCAGUGGUCUUGUAUGUCUUCCAUUUCCUAAUAAUUGCUCCCACAGUUGAUUUCUUCAAACCAAGCUGCUUACCUAUUGCAGAUUCAGUCUUCCCAGCCUGGUGCAGGUCUACUAUUUUGUUUUUGGUGUCCUUUGACAGCUCGUUGGUCUUGGCCAUUGUGAAGUUUGGAGUGUGACUGUUUGAGGUUGUGGAUAGGUGUCUUUUAUACUGAUAACAAGUUCAAACAGGUGCCAUUAAUACAGGUAACGAGUGGAGGACAGAGGAGCCUCUUAAAGAAGAAGUUACAGGUCUGUGAGAGCCAGAAAUCUUGCUUGUUUGUAGGUGACCAAAUACUUAUUUUCCACCAUAAUUUGCAAAUAAAUUCAUAAAAAAUCCUACAAUGGGAUUUUCGGAUUUUUUUCUCCUUCAUGUUGACGUGCGAGAAAUAAGGCCUCUCUCACUUUUAAUGAGAACUUGCAUUGUGUCAAUACUUUCACUGUAUAUAAAUGUCCCCUUGUGACCGUUCGAGAACGUUAAGAAAAUGUUCUCCUUCAUCAUGUCUCUCUCGCUUUCAGAUUCUGUGGCGUCAGUUCUUGAAGUUCAAAGAGACCGAACUGCCUGCAAAGGAGGCCGACAAGCACCGUUCCAAACUCAUCUACCAGUCCUUUGAGGUUAGCCAUGCACAGAGCUUCUAUUCUAUUCUUUUCUAUGCUAUUUGCAUUCUAGUCUAUUCGAUUAAUUAUAUUAUAUUUUAUUCUACUCUAUUGUAUCCCAUUCCAUUAUACUCUACUCUAUUUUUGAUAGAUUGAUAUAGAUAGAUAAAGAUGGUUGUUUGAUUUGUGGCUAUGAUUUUACCCCACCCCCUCUACAGAGUGCAGUGCAUACUGGUCAGGUCAAGGUCCCUCCAGGCUACCACCCCAUUGAUGUGGAGAAGGAAUGGGGCCGUCUGCAUGUGGCCAUCCUAGAGAGAGAACGACUGCUCAGGACAGAGCUUGAGAGGUGAGUGAGUGAAGCUGUGUAGUGGAUAUCAAUGUCUGGCCAUAUUAUUCCUGAUUCCACGAUUCGAUCAAUCCUCAUCUGGAUCUACACUGAACAAAAAUAUAAACGCAACAUGUCAAGUAUUGGUCCCAUGUUUCAUGAACUGAAAUAAAAGAUCCCAGAAAUGUUCUAUACGCACAAAAAGCAUAUUUCUCUCAAAUUUGGUGCACAAGUUAGUUUCCAUCCCUGUUAGUGGGGAUGCCAAGAUAAUCCAUCCACAUAACAGGUGUGGCAUAUUAAGAAUCUGAUUAAACACCAUGAUCAUUACACAGGUGCACCUUGUGCAGGGGACAAUAAAAGGCCACUCUACACUGUGCAGUUUUGUCACAAAACACAAUGCCACAGAUGUCUCAUGUUUUGAGAGAGUGUGCAAUUGGCAUGCUGACUGCAGGAAUGUCCACCAGAGCUGUUGCCAGAGACUUAAAUGUUAAUUUCUUUACCAUAAGCCACCUCCAACGUCAUUUUAGAGAAUUUGGCAGUACGUCCAACCGGCCUCACAACCGCAGACCACGUGUAUGGCUUCGUGUGGACGAGCGGUUUGCUGAUGUCAACGUUGUGAACAGAGUGCCCCAUGGUGGCGGUGGGGUUAUGGUAUGGGCAGACAUAAGCUACGGACAACGAACACAAUUGCAUUUUAUCAAUGGCAAUUUGAAUGCACAAAAAUACCAUGACGAGAUCCUGAGGCCCAUUGUGAGGCCCAUUUUUUUUUAAGGUAUCUGUGACCAACAGAUGUGUAUCUGUAAUCCAUAAGUAAAUUGACUGAUUUCCUCGUAUGAACUGUAACUCAGUAAUGAAAUUGUUGCAUGUUGCGUUUAGAUUUUUGUUGAGUAUUUAUCUGCUCUCUUCAAGUGACCUUGUUAGUUUCUGCCUGUUUUGUUUAGAAAAAAUUCGGUCUUCAUGUUACAAAUUGGGAAGAAUAUGUUAUUGUUCGACACAAGACAGGUCAUUGAUUCAUUGGUCUGUGUGAGAGCAUCCUGGAUAACUAACUCCAUUAGUCUAUUAAACCUAGUGUUACCUUAGUUGCACCGCUCUGGGGCCUUGUUUAGGUUGUGGUUUGUCUACUGCCAGCUCCUCUUGAACAGUAAUGCCAUUGGCACGCCUGAGAUUUGGUAUCUACGAUGCCAUAGGGGCUUGGACACUGUCCUGCCUGAUUUCUCUAAGGUCUUCAGGGAUGACUUCAUGUGUCUUGACUUCAGAUGGAAGUUUCCACUAGUUUCUUUGAUUAAGUAGUGCCACAAAGCAUAGUUUAGAAUAUCUGACUGUUGAUGAGUGCAAUUUACUUACAGUGAAUGAGUCAUGAUUCAUAUAAUAGCCACAGAAAGUGACAGAUGGAUUCUCAUCAAGCCAAUUCUAUUUAUCGGACCAUUUCCUUGUCAGUUACAUGUGCAGUUUAAACAGCUGCAAGAACAACAUCUGAAGCUAAGUAAUGCACAGUAAUUAUAUUACCCAUCUCCCCUAAUUCGGAGACUCCAUAUCCAGAUGCAUGCAGCAAGAUGUUAUGAUUGAAUCAUGUUUUCCCUUUGCAAUGAAGGGAUUGCAAUGAAAGGCAUCCUCUGUUCACAAGGGCAAGUCCGGUACAGAGCGAUUUAUUUUUACAAAAUGCAUUCUUGUAACCUUAAUCAGAUAUGAUUAUCUGUCAGAAUACAUCAAAUACCGAUGUUUUCAAUAUCAAAAGGCUAGAUAGCUGGAGUGGUAUUGUGUUGCAAGUUGUCUUAAAUUGGGCUGGUCCACUGUCAUAAGACUUGUUUGCUGGGUCCAUGUUCAGUAGAAUCGGCAGUCCUAGUUUACUAGUUUCAACUAAGUUCAUCAGAUUGGGCAGCGCUCUAUCUGGGCUGUCUUAUUCAUGGGACUGGGAUGAGGAAUGGCUGAUCCAGCUCAGCAGAAAUUCCAUUCAACCCCACCACUGCCUGCCAAGAUGGGAGAGAAUUCCCAUGACACUAUGGGACUGUGUUAAGAAGAGCCACCUCUCUACCUGGGACUUUAAAAGGGAGAGGAUAGGGACUAGAGUAUGGCAUUUGUGACUGACCCUUAUAGAUUAGAGUACCUGCUGCGUUCAAAGAGGCCGUAAGUGUCUUGUUCUGGACUUUCAUUGAUUGUGCUGUUGUUGUUAUUGUGUUAUUAUGUUAUUACGUUUUUAGCUGUGGCCAAGCAAGGAAUUUGUUAUAUUUCGUACUUGAUAUUCUUAAUCGUGACAUAAAACAGUGUUGUUUUUGUUUUUUCUAUUGAUUCAUUCACUUUUAGCAUGGUAUAGAAGUGAAAUUCAGUGUUGAUCCUGACCUGGUACAUUGCUAAAAACCAUUGGGGAAAGAAACUGUUUUGUCCAGAUCAGUGUUAAUGCUCCUCUUUUCUUCCCCCAGGCUAGAGAGACUCCAGAGGAUCGUCGGUAAAGUCCAGAUGGAGUCGGGUGUGUGUGAGGAGCAGCUCAACCAGCUGGAGACCCUGCUGCAGACGGUGAGUCUUGGACCACUAACACUGACUGUACAGUGAGGCUGGGGCUGGGGCUGGGGACUGUGGGCUGGGGCUGAGGCUGGAGCUGGGACUGAGGCUAGAGCUGGGACUGGGGCUGGGGCUGAGCCUGGGGCUGGGGCUGAGCCUGGGGCUGGGGCUGGGGCUGAGGCUGGAGCUGGGACUGAGGCUAGAGCUGGGGCUGGGGCUGGGGCUGAGCCUGGGGCUGGGGCUGGGGCUGAGGCUGGGGCUAAGGCUGGGGCUGGGACUGGGGCUGGGACUGGGGCUGGGACUGGGGCUGGGGCUGAGCCUGGGGCUGGGGCUGGGGCUGGGGCUGGGACUGGGGCUGGGACUGGGGCUGAGGCUGGGGCUAAGGCUGGGGCUGGGGCUGGGGCUGGGGCUGGAGCUGGGGGAACUAAGGACAGCCAUUGUCCUCAAUUAUGCAAAGUUGCUAUAGGCUAGUGAUUGGGUCAAAUGACUCAUACCGGCAAGUCAUAUGCUCCAGUUAGAAAAUCAUUAGCUGUCUGUUUACUACCUCAUUCAAAACCAAUGUGUCCAGUCAUCACCAGUGAAAAUGCUCCAAUCAGAAUGGUUUUCCCUCUCCUGUCAUAAAACAGCGUGAGGUGGGCUGUGUAAGUACAGUCUCACAUAACAAAAUUAAAAUGUUAACUAUCUCCAACAACUUUGGAAAGCCAUGAAAUCCUUAAAGUGGAGGAAGCAUUACUUGUCUGUCAAUCAUAGAAACCCUUUACCUGUGGAAAGCUCAUAGGUUAUUGACAUUUAAUAAUGGUAUGCCCUCCUCCCUCUAGGACAUCCGUCUCCUGAGUGCAGGGAAGCCGGCUCAGCACACUGCCGAGGUGGAGAGGGACCUGGACAAGGCAGACGGCAUGAUCCGCCUGCUCUUCAAUGACGUGCAGCUGCUCAAAGAUGGGCGCCACCUGCAGGCCGAGCAGAUGUACCGCAGGUGAGUUGGACAUUUCAGUUUCUCACAAAAUGGAUAGUAAAGUAUCUAUUUUCUAUUCGAUUCUAUUAUAUACAUUGGUCGAUUACAACGAUUAGCUUUGUCAGUAUAAAAAUUUUUUUCUCUAAAUUAUUAAUUAUAUCCCCUCCCCCUCUAGUCAAGAAAUGUGUUACAGGACAGAACACUUAUGCAUGUUGUUCCCACAGGGUAUACCGCCUUCACGAGCGUCUGGUGAACCUGCGCACCGAUUACAACCUGCGUCUCAAGUCGCAGGUGACGACCACCCAGAUGAUGAAGACCCAGACCAUCCAGCAGUCCUCCACCAGGUUGCGUCCCGAGCUGGACGAGGUGACCCUGCGCUACGCCCAGGACCUGCUGACAUGGGUGGAGGAGAAUCAGAGGCGGAUUGACGAGGCCGAGUGGGGCUCGGACCUGCCCACCGUGGAGUCUCAGCUGGGCAGCCACCGGGGCCUGCACCAGACCGUGGAGGACUUCCGCGCCAAGAUUGAACGGGCCAAGGCUGACGAGGUACUAGACCUUAAAGGGGCAAAGGUGAAAUAUGUUUUAGUGGGGUGUUAUAAUAAUUUUGGUUUCAUAGACUCUCCAUAUCAUAUAUUUCCAUAUCACUUUGAAUGAGUUUACAUCAUGUACUUUGUAUUCGAUCUGAGGGAAUGGAGACAUUACAUAUGUUCAUUACCAUCCUCAAGUGCUAGAUCCUCUCUAUCUGACUAUGACAUUACAUUGAUGUUGCCUGUGUGUCUCUUGUGUCCCUCAGAACCAGCUAUCCCCAAUCAGUAAGGGGACGUACAGUCAAUACCUGGGCAAACUGGACCUUCAGUAUGCCAAGCUGCUGGUAAGAUCUUUAUUCAGAAGCAUUCUUUUGGGUUAAAUGUAAUAUAUUUUGGGGAAAAUGCCGUAAUGGUCAGCUACCACCAGGACUGGUAAUAAUUGUAUUCUCAUAAAUGCACACAUACAGUAUGUAAUUAAAUCUUCCCUCUUUCACCGCUCUCUCCCAGAACUCCUCCAAAUCUCGUCUGCGUAACCUGGACUCGCUCUAUGUGUUCGUCAGCGCCGCAACCAAGGAGCUGAUGUGGCUCAACGACAAAGAGGAGGAGGAGGUCAGCUACGACUGGAGCGACCGCAACACCAACAUGACCGCCAGGAAAGACAACUACUCGGUAGGUCUGACCGCCCACUCAGAAAACCAUAUACAUAACAUGAAAAUAUAUAUCAGAAAUGCUGUUAAGACAGCUUGGUUGUUCAAGUGCACAUUUUCUGGAAGCAUAGAAAAAUAUUGAAAGAUCAUACAGUAUUUCCAAACUCUGGAGUAGUGUUUAUCUGAAUGUAAGGCUGUUGAUAGCUCAUUGAUAGCUCAUCUUCAUUCUGCAGGGUCUGAUGCGUGAGCUGGAGCUGAGAGAGAAAAAGGUCAACGACAUCCAGGCCAUAGGAGACAAGCUGCUGAAGGAGGGUCACCCUGGCAAGAAGACAGUGGAGGUGAGCACCACACUACCCCCUAGUGGUCUCCAUAUGCAAUAACAGGGUAAACCUGGACGGUAUGCAUUAGUACACAGAACUGCACACCGUAGUAGACAGUUUUGCAACUGAAAAUGAAAACAAGCAUGUCUUAUUGGACAAGUUCAGGUAGUCCCUCCCUUUUUCAGUCUGUUUUCCUCCGUUUGGUGCCUAGUGAACACAACCCUGUUUUGUCCCAACUCUUGUCCCCCUUUAAUUUCCAGGCCUUCACAGCAGCCCUGCAGACUCAGUGGAGCUGGAUCCUCCAGCUGUGUUGUUGCAUCGAGGCUCACCUCAAAGAGAACACAGCUUACUACCAGGUUUGGAUGCUCAGAAUAAUUUUCAAAAUAGAGAAUGGCUCAUAAACCUGCAUGGUCCUAUGAGGAAUAGUUCCGAACCCAAUUGUUGAUGUUCUCACUGAUUGUUCAAUACACGUGGCCUUAUCCUCUUGUGCUUCUUCACAGUUCUUUUCGGACGUGAAAGAGGCUGAGGAGAGGAUGAAGAAGAUGCAGGAGACGAUAAAGAAGAAGUACAGCUGUGAUCGCUCCACUACCGCCACGCGACUAGAGGACCUGCUGCAGGAUGCUGUGGUAUUGAACCUACUACACGUUGGACUGUCUAUGGAUGCUUGUACUCACAUAAAACAUGAGGUCACCUAGCUCUCGACCCAUAUUCAUAAAUCGUAAAAGUAGGACUGCUGAUCUAAAAUCAGGUAUGUUUUUUAUAUAUAAUUAAUGGAAAGGGGGUACAUGAUCCGAGAUCAGUACUCCUACUCUGAGACACUUUAUGAAUAUGGGCCCUCGUCAUAGGCAGAACUGUAGUGGCUCAAAUGCAGAGAAAGCAGACCAGCACUCUCUUAUCUUUUUGUUCCGUCUGUUUCUGGAGAUGUUGAAUUAUUUCCCUUCUUCACCAGGAGGAGAAGGAGCAGCUGAAUGAGUUUAAGACUCACGUGGCCGGCCUGAACAAGAGAGCCAAGACCAUAAUCCAGCUGAAGCCCCGUAACCCCACCAAGUCCAUCAAGGGCAAACUGCCCAUCCAGGCCGUGUGUGACUUCAAACAGAUGGAGGUAAGCACAUCAUCCUUAUCAUCACCUUUUUAAGGUACCUGGUGUAGGAAUAACUCUCUACCUAUGUAGAGGUAUCAGAGACUUACUUUUCAUUCAUUUGUUCAUUAAUUUGUUUGUUCCUUCAUUCAUUCAUCCUGGUUCAUUCAUUCAUGCUGGACUAGCCAUCCAUCCAUUCAUCCAUGGACUGUAACUUCUCAUAUACUCCGUCUCUCUGUGCAGAUCACCGUCCAUAAGGGAGAGGAGUGUGCUCUCAUCAACAACUCUCCACAGCCCAACAAGUGGAAGGUCCUCAACCGCUCAGGCAUUGAGGCGGUGGUGCCUUCAGUCUGUUUCCUGGUUCCACCUGUCAACAAGGAGGCUAUGGACAGUGUGUCCAGGUGAGGCUCUUACAUCAAUACACAGUGCUCUCCAUCAAUAAAUCACAUUUGGAAUACGUAGAGCCAGGGUUUUUUCCUUAGUCUCGUCCCAGAUCUGUUUGUGCUGUCUUCCGGUACAAUGACCAUAGGAGUUGGCAAGAUGACACAAAUAGAUCUGGAUCCAGGCAUGAAAAACCCUAGUUAUAUUUGUUUUACAGUACAGUAAAACUUCCUUCUCUCUCUGUCUCCUACCUCAGUCUGGACUCUGGUCACCAGUCGAUGCUGAUCCUGUGGCAGAGAAUGCAUAUGAACAUGAAGAGCAUGCUGUCCUGGCAGUACCUGAUGAGAGACAUCACACAGAUACGUACCUGGAACAUCACCAUGGUAAACACUGGUCAUCUGUGUUUUUGAUUCUUGAGAAAACUGAGAAAGAUAUAUAGUAAUUAGAAUAGUUUGACACUCGUUAACUUUUGAAGCUUAGACUUGCACUAUUUUAAGUUAAACGUGAUCCUCACAGACAGUCAAUCAGUGACCCUGUGAGAGGAAGUCAAGUGGUCACCCUGUUUGUGUUAAUGUAAGUGUACUGAAUCGAACGGGGAGAUUUCCCAUAACUUUGUUGCUUUAGGGUGAGGUUGAGUCUCGAGCUCUGUUAUUUAUAGAGCAGACCAUGUAAACAUGGAGAAGUGUUUUAUUGAGUUAGAAAACCUCAUGGGUUUCCAAAUUGAAUUAUUGGCGGGGAAAGUUCUUACACUGUUACCACAGUAAUGAGCAGUGUCUACCAAAGCUUGUUUGUAUUACAUAACAAAGAAACGAAAAGCCUUGAUUGUACAGUAGAUUUACAUUUUAUCAAAUGUAACCGCCUAAAACAGGUUGUGAUACAAGCAGGGUACAUGGACUGAAUGACAGUGACAGAUUGACAGGCAAUUCUGAUAGAUUCCUCUCACAAGGAGGAGGUUUUGAAAUGAUUAACAUGUUUUAGAUUGACUAUUUACCUCUCUCCUUAUUCCACCUCUCCCUUCUCUCCUUCUCCCUCUUUUUCCACCUCUCUCCUUCUCCCUCUUCUUCUCUCUCUCGCUCUUUCUCCCUCCCCUCCCUCCCCUCUAUAGUUUAAGACCAUGAAGGUGGAGGAGUACAGGCUGAUUAUGAGGAACCUGGAGCUUCACUACCAGGACUUCAUGCGUGACAGUCAGGACUCCCAGCUGUUUGGUCCAGACGACCGUAUGCAGAUCGAGGGCGACUACACUAAGACCACACAGUACUACGACAACCUUCUGCGCUCUGUGGAGAAAGGUCAGUUCCACCUACAUACUCAUGAACAAACACAACACACCUCUGUAACCCUUUAUUUUACAGCCUGGUAUUUACCUGGUGUUUACCUGGUAUUAAUUAAGAAACUAAUGGGGUAUUAGUGGGUACUUUCUGGUUUGGUGACUACCUGGUUUGACAAAACAUUUAUAAGUAAUUACCUAAUAAACAGCGGGCUGUAAAAUAAAGUUUUGAUCUCAGUAAGGGUGGCAUCUACUCUCCUUCUCUGAGUACCAACAGCAAACAGUAUUUUAUACAGUGGAUGUGUGUAGUCAGGGGUGAAAGGCGUGAUACUGUACACCGGUUUCUGCAACAUUGGGUAACUGUCAAAUUCACCUUUCAGGACGAGUGGUUAAAGCGAAAGGUGAGUGUGUCACGCCAAGCUAUAGCUCACACAGGCACCAGUGAACCGCCAUGCUUUUGAACUAUGAAUGGUUGGGAUGUUCAAAAAUGAACGAUUUGUUGUUUUCAUCACUCCACCCCCAUCGACUUUUACAGUGUUCACAUUGAUAGCAAUGCUUUCGCUAGCUCUUACCGCUUUUGAGUGAGUGCAUGAUUUUGAUUGCCUUUUUUUGGGGUCAAUUUCCUGUAUCCAAUUUGGCUUAGUUAGUUUUUUUUGUCAUACAAUAUAGUGCUAUAGAAAAACACAUUCAGGUAGUAGUCAAACUGUGUUUUGCUGUGUGUCGAGAUACCACUGCACAGUGUAGUCACCUACAUAGAGGAUCAUUUGUAAUGAAAUAUGCUUUGUUUGAAUGCAUAUCAAGCUGUGUGUGUGUGAGACACACUACAUGUGAACAUAUGCAUGUCUGAUCAUGAAUCACAUGAAUGCACUGCACAAAGGUGUGUGUGUGUGUGUGUGUGUGUGUGUAUAUAUAUAUAUCUGUGCAAUUGUAAUUCCAUUCAAAGCAAUGCGGUAUUGCAAGGUAAAAAACGUACACGGAAAAACAAGGGAAAGGUUUCACCACACAACCCGCUAUCUUACCACACCUACACCCACAGUGACCACACCCAUCCUGCCCUAAGCUCCUCACCAUGAUAAUAUAAUAAUCAUAUUAUUAUUGCCACUUAGCAGACGCUUCUAUCUGAAACGAUUUACAGUACAGUGUGUGCAUACAUUUUGAUUAUGUGUACGUGAUCCCUGUGGGAAUUGAACCCACAACCUUGGAUCUUCUAGUGCCACACUCUUACCAACUGAGCCACACAGGGACCACAUAAUGAGAGAAGAUGGUACGGUAUAUGUAUAGCCUGUCCUAACCGAUGUCCAUGCUGCACACAGGUGACCAGGACGAGUCGAUGUGUGUGACCUACAUCACCCAGAUCAAGGACCUGCGUCUACGGAUAGAGGACUGCGAGGCUCGUACCGUGGCCCGCAUCCGCAAGCCCGUGGACAAGGACCCCCUCAAAGACUGUGCCCAGAAGACCACCGACCAGAAGGUACUGUACACUGUAAUAACUAAAGAAUAAGUUCUGACUUAGGUCUAACCUAUGUAUUGGACAGGUCUCCUCCGUAAAAAGACGCUCAGUGGAUCAAACUGUAUAAAUAAAGGAUAAUAAAGUAUAACCUAUAUACAGGGAAAUGUAACGGAGGGGCAUAUGUGCUAGUGUCCAUGGCACAACAGAUACCGGAGUUAAUCACCGAAAAAUGAUGGUGUUUUAUUUGAACACUGGGAAGAACAGUAAGCACCAUCAUAAAGACUCUGAAUGUGUUUUUAACAAGGACCUACUGUAAUACUGUUAUGGAGGGGGACCGGAGCGCCAAGUCUAGGUCCAAAAGGCUCCUUAACAGCUUCUACCCCCAAGCCAUAAGACUGCUGAACAAUUAAUCAAAUGGCCAUCCGGACUAUUUACAUUGACACCCCCCCCCCUCCAUUUGUUUUUACACUGCUGCUGCUCGCUGUUUAUUAUCUAUGCAUAGUCACUUUACCCCUACCUACAUGUAGAAAUUACCUCGACUAACCUGUACCCCCGCACAUUGACUCGGUACCGGUACCCCCUGUAUAUAGCCUCGUUAUUGUUAUUUUAAUGUGUUACUUUUUAUUUUAUUUAGUAAAUAUUUUCUUAACUCUAUUUCUUGAACUACAUUGUUGGUUAAGGGCUUGUAAGUAAGCAUUUCACGGUAAGGUCUACACCUGUUGUAUUCGGCGCAUGUGACAAAUACAAUUUGGUUUGAUUUGAAAAUGUGAUACCAAGCAGGGUUGGGUAGGUUACUUUCUAAAUGUCAUCUGUUAGUUGCUAGUUACAUGGCUAAAUUGUAAUAGAUUACUUUCCCCUUAAGAGGCAUUUGAAGAAGACAAACGUUUAUAUUACCAAUUUACCGACAUCUAUUACAGGACAAAUCAAUGUUAGCGUUUCCAUAGCUGGCCAUAAAUGGAUGUUGCAUUUUACUUUAUGGGUUGGUUAUGUAGGAUUCUUCUAACCCAUUGCUUUCUACUACAGAUACAAAUAUGAUUAGGCUAUAUCUUUACAUUAAAAACCAACGUCUGUCAGAUUUCCAGUCAUUCCAAUUAAUUGAAUACCCCUUGAUCUUCAAGAAUAGGACUUUUCGCCAAAUUGUUUUACCUGAGCAUAACCCAAAAAUGAAGGACUAUUUAGCCUACUCUGUUGUUUAUGAUUUUGUUGUCAUGCAGGCUCAUUGCUUUGAGUUUAAAAAUAAAUGCUGCUCUCAUGGAAUGGCAUUCUUUGAGCACAACUGAAAGUGCUAUUUGCAUAUGGAAAUGUUUACCAUAUUCUGUAUUUGCUACAGGCUUAUUGUUUCCGUUUUUUGUUGGUGACACUUUGAUAGCUCUAUAAUUUGCAGUUUUUUACGUCCAUCAAAAAUGUGCGAGUUUGAGCAUAUAUGUCCAUUAGGCCGAUUGGCAUUUUUCUGAAUCAGCACGAAUUAGAUUGAGCAGUAAAUAUAUCCAUUUGUGAACAGCCAUCCACAACCACCACAAUCCGUAAGGUGCAAAUAGCUAAAUGAGAGAGCACCAGUGUGAUUGACAUCAAUGCGCUAUGUAGAUAUCAAUAAUAAGUGAUAUCUGCAUCGCCCGUAGGCUACACCACUGCUGUCGUCCUUACGUUCAAGCGUUUAUUCAAGUUGGAUAAUCUUUGGAUGCCAACAGCACUCGCACUGUUGGAAGACAUAGCUUGGACUGUAACCUACAAAAGCCUAUUAAUGUUAUUUUCCUGCGAUCCUUCAAAUGCAUUUGGUGUGUCAUCAUAGUUGUCUCUGACUUGUGGUCAGAUUCACUCAGGCGGAACAAACUUAAACUUGUGCCAUUUUUCAAUGCUGAUUUGAAUGUCAUUGAGAAUAAUUUUUUCACAAACAUCUUUUUGAAUGUAAAAGUAAUCCUAUAAGUAAUCAUCUAGUUUUUCAAGUGUCUGUAAUGUGAUUACAAUAUUUUAGCUGGUAAUGUAACGUACAGUUUUUUGGGAAUCAGUUACAUGUAAUCCGUUACUCCCCAACCCUGAUACCAAGCUACAGACUGGCACCAGAAACAGGACAAAGCACUACACAGAAAAGGAGAGAGAGAGAAUGAGGAAGAAAGAGAAUGAGGGAGAGGGAGAAAGAGAGGGAAUGAAUAGAGACCGAUAGAGAAGACAGGGAGGCUUAAUUACAGCAGAUUGCAGCUAUGGAUACGGUUUUCUGCGGCGAGGGAGAGAAAUGUGAGAAAGAAGGGGGCUUGAGAAAGGAGAGAUACAGGCUGUACGGGAACCAAGUGCAGCAGGAAAGAGAGGAACGAUGACUCAGGAGAAGGGAGGAUAGGCGGGGCAGAGGUAGAUAGAGAGGGAGGGAAUGGAAUGUUCUCCUUCUUCUGCGCUGCCUCUGAGGGGGGAAGAGGGAGAGAGGAGGAGGCGAGUCAUGAGAGUGAGACAGAGAGAGCAAGAGAGAGAGAAAGGGAAAAGAGAGUACUGUUAUAAAGCUCAGUGUGUCCAGUUAGUCCCUGGGCUGUGUUUCUCUAUGGAGACUGAGGGAGACUGGCAAGAAGGCCCACUGCCCAGCCUGCUGCUCCAGCUCCUCUGGACCCUGCUGGCUCUGGGCCUAGUGGGGAUCCUUUCUCUGCUACUCCACCAAGACCCCUGGCAGCUCCUCACCCAGAGAAGCCACACACAGGUCAGGCUCAGGAACACACUGCUUCCUUGGACCUGAUAGAGGGAUUCAGCAUUAUGAUAGUCGGUGGAAGUUUUUAAUCAGAGGAGGUUUUCUCUCUUUGUUUUGCUAUUUGUCCUUUCUUUAUCUUAAUCGUCAUGUGCUUGUUUUUCUCCUGUUUCAGAAAGUCCAAGUGGAGCUUGAGGGUAUCAAGAAGAACCUGGACCAGGUGGCCGUGAAGACCGAGGAGGUCCUGAGUACCGCUCCUCAGCAGUCCAGCACUGCCCCCGUCCUGCGCUCUGAACUGGAGUUCACCCUGAAGAAGAUGGACCAUGUCUACAUCCUCUCCUCUGUCUAUCUAGAGAAGUGAGUUGACUUGUCUGUUUUCUUUCUGUAGCCAGUAGCCAUUUUGGAGGUUCUUAUUGCCCUAAAAAAAGCAACAAACAAGCAAGUGAAAAUACAACAUUCUAUUUAAGCAGCAUAGGGAAAACCCAUUGUAGGCUAUUUUUCUUAAAUCUCCCACACCACUUCCCAUCCAUCCCUCCUCCACUGACAUUUCCUUUUCCUUGCCUCAGGCUGAAGACGGUGGACGUGGUCAUCCGCAACACGCAGGUGGCCGAGGGCGUGCUGAAGAAGUAUGAGGAACGACUGCGCGAGGUCCAAACUGUGCCCAAUGACGUCAAGGAGGUGGAGAUGUACCGCACCCAGCUCAAGGUGAGUUGACUGGACAGCACUGGGCACAGCCUCAGCCUUUAUUCUUGUUUACACUGAACAACCAGGCUUCUGUUCUCAGUUCUCUCAACACUUACCUCCUGUUGUAUGACACAGUUGGUCUCCGCUUUUUCCAAGCCGGGGAGCUGGAGAGGCUUUUGCAUAAAUGCAACUCAGUAGUUCGAUUGUGAUGUUUAUGACAUUAAAAACACAUGCGCUCUGGGACGUUAAUGAACUGUGUGGGAUUCAUUACGGGUUUCUCGACUGCCAACGCUCAUUAUUUUUUGCGUUUUAUAUGUAUCAUUGGAUUAUGAACAUGGAAACAAGGCAGGUUUAAAAAGAGGGGAAAACUGUUUACGUGAUGAAACACAAGAGUCCAUGCAUAACAUGCUUCUGUGAAGAACUGUAACUUUCUCCAUGAUUUUUUUUGACUGUUGCUCUUCCUUCCCGUCUCUUUCCCUGUAGAAAAUGCGUGCUGAAGCAGAGGGCGAAAAGCCUGCAUUCGAUUCUCUGGAGGGCGAGCUCGGAAAGGCAGCAGCCGUGAGCGAGAAGAUGUCUCGUGUGCACAGUGAGCGUGACUCUGAGCUGGACCACUACCGCCAUCUCCUGUCGGGUCUCCAGGACCGCUGGCAGGCUGUGUUCGCCCAGAUGGACCUGCGUCGGCGGGAGCUGGAGCAGCUAGGUCGCCAGCUGGGGUACUACAGAGAGAGCUACGACUGGCUCAUCCAGUGGAUUGGUGGCGCCAAGCAGAGGCAGGAGAAGAUCCAGGCUGUGUCCAUCAGCGACAGCAAGACUCUAAAGGAGCAACUAGCCCAGGAGAAGGUAGGCUACUGUACUGAUGGGGGCAUAUUAGGGGUCCAUUACAUCACUACACUGCUCUAGGUGCUUAGCUGAUUAACUGAACAUUCUGAGACUUUGUGAAAAUAAGUCAUUGACACCUUUUUUAUACUUCUUAUUUUGUAUACUACUUAUGAGACUAUGAAUGUUAUAAAGGUGUGUUUUGUGUAGUUCUCAUUAUUGAACAUAUACAGGCACACCUUGAAAUCACAUCCAGACUAAUUCUGAUUAUUUCCCCCAACAUAGAAACUUCUGGAAGAGAUCGAGCAAAACAAAGAGAAAGUUGACGAGUGUCAGAAAUAUGCCAAGGCGUAUAUCGACACUAUCAAGGUAAGCAUGCACAACAUUAGUGUCCACAAACGUGAAAACCAUUAUUGCAUUCAUAUACAGCUUUAUUUAAAUGUCUUAAUUUCAUAGUGUUUAGUGUUAAAACAUCCUGUUUCUUUUUAUUAGGAUUAUGAACUCCAGUUAGUGGCCUACAAAGCACAGGUGGAGCCUCUCUCACCCCUGAAGAAAACCAAAAUGGAUUCUGCCUCAGAUAACAUCAUUCAAGAGGUCUGUGCCACUUGUGUAAUCUGAACGCACAUUGUCAUUCCCUGACAACCAUUUGCAAUGUUUGGAGAAAAGUUUAGAUCAAUAGUUUAAGCCAACACACACUAAAUCAAAGGUUUCCUGUUUUAUUUCUUCUCCAUCAGUAUGUGACGCUAAGAACCCGCUACAGCGAGCUGAUGACUCUGACCAGUCAGUACAUCAAGUUUAUCACCGACACACAGCGCCGCCUGGAGGACGAGGAGGUGCGUGACAACACACUGGGAUAUCCUAACCCUAACCCAUUGACAACCAAUGAAAAACAAACGCAUGACCACUCUCUUGCACGCACAAAUGCAUACACACACAUUAAUGUAUGGUUGACUUGACAUUCCUUCAUUUUGAGGUAAAGUAUGAUUUGGAAAAUUGGCAUUGGCGUGCUGUACUGUAGCUGCAGGAUGUAAGGGCACCUAGCAGACAGGAAAUCCUAUCACUUACAAUGAUGGCCAAGCUUAUCUAUUCGGCAAAUAUGAACGCUCUACCAAAAAUAAUCCUAGUGCUAAGUGUCAUGGUCCUCAGAUGGGAACCAGGGACUAUCAGUGCAUUCAGAAAGAAUUCAGACCCCUUGACUUUUUCCACAUUUUGUUACGUUACAGCCUUAUUCUAAAAUGGAUUAAAUACAUUUUUGUUCCUCAUCAAUCUACUCACAAUACCCCAUAAUGACAAAGCGAAAACAGGUUUGUCUAAACGUUUGCUAAAAAAUAAAAACAUGAAUAAAAAAAAAGCUUAUUUACAUAAGUAUUCAGACCCUUUGCUAUGAGACUCGAAAUUGAGCUAAGGUUAAUCCUGUUUCCAUUGAUCAUCCUUGAGAUGUUUCUACAACUUGAUUGGAGUCCACCUGUGGUAAAUUCAAUUGAUUGGACAUGAUUUGGAAAGGCACACACUUGUCUAUAUAAGGUCCCACAGGCAAAAACCAAGCCAUGAGGUCAAAGGAAUUGUCCGUAGAGCUCCUAGACAGGAUUGUAUCGAGGCAAAGACCUUGGGAAGGGUACAACAAAUGUUUUGCAGCAUUGAAGGUCCCCAAGAACACAGUGUCCUCCAUCAUUCUUAAAUGGAAGAAGUUUGGAACCACCAAGACUCUUCCUAGAGCUGGCCGCCCGGCCAAACUGAGCAAUCGGGGGAGAAAGGCCUUGGUCAGGGAGGUGACCAAGAACCCUAUGGUCACUCUGACAGAUUUCCAGAGUUCCUCUGUGGAGAUGGGAGAACCUUCCAGAAGGACAACCAUCUCUGCAGCACUCCACCAAUCAGGCCUUUAUGGAAGAGUGGCCAGACGGAAGUAAAAGGCACAUGACAGCCCACGUGGAGAUUCUCUGGUCUGCUGAAACCAAGAUUGAACUGUUUGGCCUGAAUGCCAAGCGUCACGUCUGGAGGAAACCUGGCACCAUCCCUACGGUGAAGCAUGGUGGUGGCAGCAUCCUACUGUGGGGAUGUUUUUCAGCGGCAUAGACUGGGACACUAGUCAGGAUCGAGGGAAAGAUGAACGGAGCAAUGUACAGAGAGAUCCUUGAUGAAAACCUGCUCCAGAGCGCUCAGGACCUUAGACUGGGGCAAAGGUUCACCUUCCAACAGAACAACGACCCUAAGCACACAGCCAAGACAAUGCAGGAGUGGCUUCUGGACAAGUCUCUAAAUGUCCUUGAGUGGCCCAGCCAGAGCCCGGACUUGAACCCGAUCGAACAUCUCUGGAGAGACCUGAAAAUAGCUGUGCAUCCAACCUGACAGAGCUUGAGAGGAUCUGCAGAGAAGAAUGGGAGAAACUCCCCAAAUACAGGUGUGCCAAGCUUGUAACGUCAUACCCAAGAAGACUCAAGGCUGUAAUCGCUGCCAAAGGUGCUUCAAUAAAGUACUGAGUAAAGGGUCUGAAUACUUAUGUAAAUGUGAUAUUUUUGCUUUGUCAUUAUGGGAUAUUGUGUAUCGAUUGAUGAGGGGGGAAAAAACAAUUUAAUCCAUUUCAGAAUAAGGCUGUAACGUAACAAAAUGUGGAAAAAGUCAAGUGGUCUGAAUACUUUCUGAAUGCACUGUAUAUUAGUAUAUGGCUGGAGUGUCAUAUUCAUUUUUUACGGUGCCUUAAAAUAUCCAGGACCAUUGGACCAUUGCAUCCUGUUUCGAUAAGCAGUAGUGGCCUUGUCACAAAAUUCAAUGAAUUGAUGAAACGUUUAUGUUCAGUCUGAAGCAAAAGAAAGAGAGCACCCUCAAAAGAUUAAGAGACCAUUGAGAGGAAAUUCCAGUGGGUUAGAAGAUAGUCUCUCUAAAACUGAACAAUUAGGUUUUGCACAUUUGUAUUUUGGCCUAUUCAUUUUCAUGCCAUAAUAUUUAUUUUUAAAGGGCGUUCUUUCUUUCACUGUCUUUUUUCUCAUUGGCCACUCUUUCUUAGAUCUCAAUCUAAGCUCUCGCACUGUAUGCGGCUGACUGCCAUGUUCUUCAACUUUCCUUUUUUCAGAUUAACACAAAUUUUCCGUCUCCCGUUCUUUUCUAACCCUAAUGUUUUGUUUGUUUUCUUUGCUUCUCUUAACUGCUUGCCAGUGCUUUGUCAUGAUGAAUGCUUAUCUUGUUUGGGCGUUAAAGAGGUAAAUAAUCAACUACUCUCCAGUUACUAUUCUCUCAUUAUGUGCCUUACCUUCCAUACCCUCAGCCUUCAAUUCAUCACCUAAACUGUCAAACAUUUCCAUAUUUAUCUUACAUUCACUUAUUUCCAUGUCUUGUUUAUUCUGUGUUAGCAUGGGCUAUAGGUGCUAUUUUCUUAUUACAUUUUCAGACUAUCCUUGCACUAUCCCUGCUUUCCCCGUUGCACAUAUUUUGCUUAGUUCCUUGAUAAUAGUGAUCUAAAGAAUCCCUUUCAUUGUUAUGCAAGAAAACAUAAUAGGUUGUUUAACAGUGUGAAUAGAUGUAUUUCAACUAACUAGUUACUGGUUGAUUAUUAUGUGAUUUUUGAAUAAUAACUUUGUUUGAAUAAUUUCAAGCUGAAAAUAGAUGAUUAAAAAUACAUUAUUAACUUUACUAUUUCACUUAUGCAAAAUGUUUUAUCACAAAAUAAUUCCCUUAAGGACACCAAUAUUGAAAAAGAUACAGUUCCAUGCCACAUGAGUUCCUCACUUUGUUUUGUUGUGAAGUGAUGUCUUGUCUCCAUACAUUUUUACAUAACCAUUUUCCAUCUUACUUGUUUCUGCCUUGUAUUGUCUUUGUCGGAAGAUAACUUGCUUUAACAGCGGCCUCCUGAAUGAAUUGACAUCUAAACACGUAUCUAUCUUUAAGCUAACUAUUAACAUUAACAUUUAACCUGUCAUGCUUAAUUCUUAUAUUUUCUUUACCAUUUGCUUCCACUAAUACAGAAAGCUACUGAGAAAAUGAAAGCGGAAGACAGGAAAAAAAUGGCAGAGAUGCAGGCGGAGUUAAACAAACAGAAGCAGCUAGCUGAAUCUCAUGCAAAGGCCAUUGCCAAGGCAGAGCAAGAGGCUCAAGAGCUGAAGCUCAUGAUGCAGGAGGAAGUCAGCAGGAGACAAGUUGUUUCUGUAGAUGCAGAAAAGCAAAAGCACAAUAUCCAGCUGGAACUACAUGAGCUCAAAAACCUCUCAGAGCAGCAGAUCAAGUCCAAGAGUCAACAGGUAGAAGAUGCCAAUCAGAGCAGAGCCAAGAUUGAGGAGGAAAUCCGUGUCAUCAGGAUCCAGCUGGAGACCACUGUCAAACAGAAGUCUACAGCUGAGGAUGAGCUCAAGCAACUCCGGGAAAAAGCGUCUGAAGCCGAGAGGCUGAGGAAGCUUGCACAGGAGGAGGCUGAGAAGCUCCGCAAACAGGUCAACGAGGAGACCCAGAAAAAACGCAAGGCCGAGGAAGAGCUCAAGGUCAAGUCUGAGGCUGAGAAGGAGGCUGCCAAGCAGAAGCAGAAGGCUCUGGAAGACCUUGAGAAGCUGAAGAUGCAGGCGGAGGAGGCGGAGAGACGCAUGAAGCAAGCUGAAGUGGAGAAGGAGAGGCAGAUCAAGGUUGCCCAGGAGGUGGCACAGAAGAGUGCUGCCACCGAACUCCAGAGCAAACGCAUGUCCUAUGUUGAAAAGACAUCCAAGCUGGAGGAAUCACUCAAACUAGAGCAUGUCACUGUCAUCCAGCUGCAGGAGGAGGCAGCUCGUCUCAAGAAGCAACAGGAAGAGGCAGAUAUGGCCAGGGAGGAGGCGGAGAAGGAGUUAGAGAAAUGGAGGCAGAAGGCCAAUGAGGCACUCCGCUUAAGGCUCCAGGCUGAGGAAGAAGCUCACAAAAAGAGUCGUGCCCAGGAGGAUGCCGAGAAACAGAAGGAGGAUGCUGAGCGUGAGGCCAGGAAGAGGGCUAAAGCUGAGGAGUCCGCACUGAAACAGAAAGAUAUGGCAGAGCAAGAGCUGGAGAGGCAGAGGAGGAUAGCUGAGGGAACAGCUCAGCAGAAACUCUCAGCAGAACAGGAGUUAAUCCGGCUAAGGGCAGACUUCGACCAUGCUGAGCAACAGAGAACCCUGCUUGAUGACGAGCUGUACCGCCUGAAGAAUGAAGUCAGUGCAGCUGAGCAGCAAAGGAAACAGCUCGAAGAUGAACUGGUCAAAGUGAGGAGUGAAAUGAAUGUACUCCUGCAGCUGAAGUCCAAGGCAGAAAAGGAGAGCAUGUCCAACACUGAGAAGAGCAAACAGCUCCUCGAAUCUGAAGCUGCAAAAAUGAGGGACCUUGCUGAGGAGGCAGGCAAACUUAGAUCCAUCGCUGAGGAAGCCAAGCGACAAAGGCAAGUUGCUGAGCAAGAGGCGGCUCGUCAAAGAGCAGAAGCUGAAAGGAUCCUCAAAGAGAAGCUUGCUGCCAUUAACGAGGCAACUCGAAUGAAGACUGAAGCAGAAAUUGCCCUCAAAGAAAAAGAGGCAGAGAAUGAGCGACUCAGACGACAAGCUGAGGAUGAGGCUUACCAGAGGAAAGCUCUGGAGGACCAAGCCAGCCAGCACAAGCAAGAUAUUGAAGAAAAGAUCAAUCAACUCAAGAAGUCAUCUGAGAAUGAGUUGGGAAGACAAAAGACACUUGUAGAUGAAACUCUCAAGCAGAGACGAGUGGUUGAGGAGGAAAUUCGCAUUCUCAAGCUAAACUUUGAGAAAGCCUCAUCUGGCAAGCUUGAUUUGGAGCUGGAGUUGAAUAAACUGAAAAACAUUGCAGAGGAAACACAGCAGAGUAAACUCCAAGCUGAAAAAGAGGCUGAGAAACACAGAAAACUUGCCCUGGAGGAGGAGAAACGCAGACGCGAAGCAGAGGAAAAGGUGAAAAAGAUCACUGCUGCAGAGGAAGAAGCAGGCAGACAGUGCAAAAAUGCACAGGAGGAAGUGGCACGCCUCAAAAAGAAAGCAGAUGAAGCCAAAAAGCAGAAAGAGGAUGCUGACAAGGAAGCAGAAAGACAGAUUCUAGUAGCCAAACAAGCAGCACAAAAAUGCAAUGCAGCUGAACAGCAAGUUCAGAGUGUCCUUGUCCAACAGAAGGAGGACAACAUCAUGCAGACACAGCUCAAGGAAGAGUAUGAGAAAGCCAAGAUGCUUGCAAAACAGGCAGAGCUUGCCAAGGAAAGGGCAGAGAAGGAGGCUGCGCUUCUCCGGCAACAAGCGGAGGAUGCAGAACGCCAAAAACAGGCCGCUGAACUCGAAGCUGCCAACCAAGCCAAAGCUCAAGUGGAAGCCGUGAAAUUGAGAAAGGAGGCAGAGUUCGAAGCUGCCAAGCGAGCACAGGCUGAGGCAGAUGCAAUCAAACAGAAACAACAAGCAGAUGCUGAGAUGGCAAAGCACAAAAAGCUUGCAGAGCAAACAAUGAGUCAAAAGUCUCAGGUAGAGAAAGAGCUCACAAAGGUCAGGCUUCAGCUGGAUGAAACUGACAAGCAAAAAUCUGUCUUAGACGAGGAGCUGCAGCGCUUAAAGGACGAAGUCGGUGAUGCGGUCAAGCAGAAGGCCCAGGUGGAAGAGGAGUUAUUCAAAGUCAAGAUUCAGAUGGAGGAGCUGGUCAAACUGAAACUCAGAAUUGAGCAGGAGAACCAGCGUCUUAUCAAAAAGGACAAGGAUAACACUCAGAAAUUCCUUGCUGAGGAAGCUGAGAACAUGAAGAAGCUUGCAGAAGAAGCUGCCAGACUCAGUGUGGAAGCCCAGGAGGCUGCACACAUGAGACAAAUUGCUGAAUCUGACCUCUCCCAACAGAGGGCACUUGCAGAGAAGAUGCUAAAGGAGAAGAUGCUUGCCAUUCAGGAAGCAUGUAAACUGAAAGCAGAGGCUGAGAUGCUCCAAAGACAGAAGGACCUGGCUCAAGAGCAGGCCCAGAAGCUGCUUGAGGAUAAACAACUGAUGCAGCAGCGUCUUGAGGAAGAGACUGAGGGCUUCCAGAAAUCCUUAGAAGCUGAGCGCAGGAGACAGUUGGAGAUCACAGCCGAAGCUGAAAACCUCAAAGUCAAGGUGUCCCAACUUAGUGAUGCUCAGUCCAAAGCAGAGAAUGAGGCCAAGAAAUUCAAGAAGCAAGCAGAUGAGAUCAGUGCCCGUCUUCACCAGACAGAGCUAGCGACUAAAGAGAAAUUGACUGUUGUGGAAAAACUUGAAGUCCAGAGACUGAGCAGCAACAAAGAAGCUGAUGAGCUACGCAAAGCCAUCGCUGAUCUAGAAAAGGAGAAGGCCAAGCUGAAAAAGGAGGCUGAAGACCUACAGAAUAACUCUAAAGAGGUAUUGUGUUAGAGAUGGCAUAGUAGUGCAGCUUUUGUCAUUGUUAACCCUCUCUCUGAAAACGAACAAUCUUAAAUUAUUUCAUUCAAUUUCUUUAUCUAUUCCUUCUUCUUAAAAUUAACCACUUACACAGUUAUAUUAUUUUGAGUUAUAUUUGUAUUACAGUAAACUAAGCUUAAAAAGAUCCUAUCCCUUCCAGAUAUUUUCAGUUUGUCCAGUUGGACAAAAGUAUAGAUUAAUUAUUGGUGGUGUUCCCCAUAAUGUUCUUCCCUUACUGAGAAGAGUAUAUAUUAUUAUGUAACAUAGGAAUAAUUACAUCUAAUAUAUAUUUUUAAAACAAUUUGGGACUGAUUCUUUUAAGUGGAUUGCAUUGUACUAAAAUGUUGUCAUUUUUUUACUAUAGUGCACAAUAUGUGGAUUGAUGGAGUUUUCAGAAUAUUUUAAAUACAAAUGAAACUCCUAUUGUUCUAAUUAUGUUCUUGUUUUCCCUUUUAUCUCAAUUAGAUGGUCAAUGCUCAGCAGAAACAAAUCCAACACGAGAAGACAGUACUCCAGCAGACAUUCAUCACAGAGAAGGCGGAGCUGUUGAAGAAGGAGAAACAAAUUGAAGAUGAGAAGAAGAAGCUGGAGAACCAGUUUGAGGAGGAGGUCAAGAAGGCCAAGGCCCUCAAAGAAGAACAGGAACGCCAGAGGAAACAAAUGGAGGAGGAGAAAAAUAAACUUCAGGCUACCAUGGAUGCUGCCCUCAACAAACAAAAAGAGGCUGAGAAAGAAAUGCUCAACAAGCAAAAAGAGAUGCAGGAGCUUGAAAGGAAAAGACUUGAACAGGAAAAGCUGCUUGGCGAGGAGAACAAGAAACUUCGUGAGAAACUGCAGCAGCUCGAGGUCGCCCAUAAAGAGCCAAUCUCCCACACCAGAGAAAUUGAUAUCCAGACUGACGAUGUGCCUGAGGAUGAACUGAUCCAUAUGACCAUGGUGGAGACAACAAAGCAGGUUAUCAAUGGCCGAAGUGUUGGAGAUGAGGUUGACAGUAAGAAGGAUACACUGUCUUUUGAUGGCAUCCGCGAGAAAGUACCUGCAAGCAGACUUUAUGAAGUUGGCCUUUUGACGAAAAAGGAGUUUGAUAAGCUGAAGAAAGGCAAAAACCACUGUGCAAGACCUCAGCCAGACUGACAAGUUAAGAACAAUUCUGCAGGGCAAGAACUGUAUAGGGGGUGUCUUGACACAGUCUAAUCAGAAAAUGGCAAUAUAUCAAGCUAUGAAAGAAAAGAAAAUUACUCCUGGCUGGGCUUUGAUCCUCCUGGAGGCACAGGCAGCAUCUGGCUAUGUAGUAGACCCAGUUAAAAACAAGAAACUCUCUGUCAGUGAGGCUGUGAAGGAAGGCCUGAUCGGACCUGAACUGCACAACAAAAUGCUGUCUGCUGAGAGAGCUGUCACUGGUUACAAAGACCCUUACACCGGUAACAAGAUCUCACUCUUUGAAGCUAUGAAGAAGGGCUUGAUUGACAGAGACCAUGCCAUCAGGCAGCUUGAGGCUCAGAUAGCUACUGGUGGACUCAUUGACCCCAUAAACAGCCACCGUGUGCCCAUCGAGACUGCAUACAAACAGGGGCAGUUUGACACUGAGAUGAACAAGAUACUGGAGGACCCUUCAGAUGACACCAAGGGAUUCUUUGAUCCUAACACCCAGGAGAACUUAACAUACCUUCAGCUAAUGCAGAGAUGCAGCACAGAUCCGGAGACAGGACUGCUGCUCUUGCCCAUCACUGACAAGGCUGCUCUGAGCACGUCAACCUACACAGAGGAGGAGACCAAGGAUGUGUUCAGCAAGACGACUGUCACUGUGCCAUUUGGAAAAUUCAAAGGAAAGACUGUAACUAUCUGGGAAAUCAUCAAUUCUGAGUACUUUACCGAGGACCAGAGAAAGGACCUUAUUCGUCAGUACAAGACAGGAAAGAUCACAGUGGAAAAAAUCAUCAAGAUUGUUAUCACUAUGGCAGAGGAAAAGGAAAAAAAGAAUGAAAUCGCUUUUGAGGGUCUGAGGGGACCUGUCCUUGCUACUGAACUACUGGAGUCCAAGAUAAUCGACAAAGACCUCAACAAUAAGCUGCACACAGGCAUUAAAACAAUCAAAGAGGUGUCUGAAAUGGAGCAUGUUCACAAAUCCUUGAAGGGUACAAACUGCAUUGCAGGUGUAGUUAUUGAUUCAACUAAGGAGACUAUGUCUUUCUAUCAAGCCAUGAAGAAGGAUAUGAUGAGGACAGGGCCUGCUUUAACUCUCCUGGAAGCACAAGCAGGAACAGGAUUUGUUGUUGAUCCUGUAAAGAAUCAGAAGUUCACUGUCGAUGAAGCUGUGAAAGCAACUGUCAUUGGUCCUGAGCUGCAUGAAAAACUACUGUCAGCUGAGAGAGGUGUUACAGGCUACAAAGAUCCUUACACAGGAAAGACUGUGUCUUUGUUCGAAGCAAUGAAUAAAGAACUCAUUCCAAAAGAUCAGGGCAUCAGACUCCUAGAUGCGCAGCUUGCAACAGGAGGCAUCAUUGAUCCAGUGAAAAGUCACCGCAUCCCACAUGAUGUUGCCUGUAAACGUGGCUUCUUUGAUGAUGAAAUGAACCAGAUUCUGAAUAAUCCAACUGAUGAUGUUAAAGGCUACUUUGACCCCAACACACAGGAAAAUGUCACAUACUCACAGCUAUACAAGAGAUGUGUCACUGACAAGAAAUCUGGGCUUCAGCUUCUACCUCUGUCUGAGCAAGCAAUCAAUGCAAAGGAAGAGCAUACAUAUACAGAGGUCCAAACCAAAGAGGCCAUGAGCCAAGCAACAAUGGAGCUGCAGUCUGGUCCACUCAAAGGGAAGAAAUUCACAAUCUGGGAAAUUAUCCACUCUGAAUAUAUUACAGAGGAACAGAGACUUGACCUGAUAAGGCAGUAUAGGUCUGGAAAGAUUACAAUAGAAAAGAUCAUCAAGAUUGUGAUUACGAUUGUAAAUGAGAAAGAGGCUAAGAAACAAGAACAAGACAGCUUCAAAGGGCUUAGAGCAACUGUCUCUGCCAAGUCACUUUUUGAUUCGAAAAUCAUUGACAAAGCUACGUUUGACAUGCUCCAACAAGGCAAAAAGACACCUACACAGGUCAGCAAAAAUGUCAAUGUAAGCAAGUACCUGCAGGGCUCUGACAGUAUUGCCGGUGUCUACCUUGAACCAACAAAGGAGAAGAUCAGCAUCUAUCAAGCUAUGAAGAAAAAUCUUCUGAGACACAACACAGGCCUGUCACUCCUAGAGGCCCAAGCUGCCACAGGGUUCAUUAUAGAUCCAGUGAAGAACCAGUACCUGUCAGUGGAUGAUGCCGUUAAAGCAGGCAUUGUUGGCCCUGAGCUACAUGAGAAACUGCUCGCUGCUGAAAAAGCAGUCACUGGUUACAAAGAUCCCUUCACGGGCAAAACAAUCUCUCUCUUCCAAGCAAUGGAAAAAGGUCUAAUCAUUAAGGAGCAUGUCAUGCCACUCUUGGAGGCCCAACUGAGUUCAGGAGGGAUAAUUGAUCCUGUGAACAGCCACCGCGUUCCUAUUGACAUUGCCUAUCAGAAGAGCUUUUUCAGCAAAGAAAUGACAAACACCUUCUCGGAACCAUCUGAUGAUAACAAAGCUUUCUCAGACCCCAAUUCAGAUGAUAAAGUAACAUACAAACAGCUGAAAGAGAAGUGCACUAGAGAUCCUGAUUCAGGCAUGAACCUUCUACCACUUUCCAAGCCACAGGCCCCUACUGUGGUGGAGAAGACAUACCUCUACACAGAGGAACAGACGCAGAAUGACCUGGCCACAACCCAAAUUGACCUUCCCAGUUCACUUGAGUCCCUUGCUGGAGGGUCAUCAAGUCUCUGGGAUAUCAUGAACUCAAAUCUACUUCCUGAGCAAGAGCGGAAGAAGCUGAUGGAGGAGUAUCGCUCUGGCAGUAUCACUAAAGAGCGCAUGAUCAUCAUCAUUAUUGAGAUUAUGGAGCAGAGAGAGAUCAUCAGAGGUGAAACUGUUAAGUCCUGCAACACAAUCAGACGUAGGGUCACUAUCGAGGAUCUCUACAAUGCCCGCAUUAUUGACCUGGAGACAUUCAACCUGCUGAAGCAAGACAAGAGAAACAUCCGUGACAUUAUGGAGAUGCAGAGUGUGAAGCAGUAUCUGUUUGGCACGGGCAGCGUUGCCGGUGUCAUGUCUGACUCCACUUCCAGGAUGAGCAUUUAUUCAGCAAUGAAGAGAGGUUUCUUGAAGCCUGAAAUUGCCCUUAGUCUCCUGGAAGCACAAGCAGCAACAGGAUUCAUAAUUGAUCCUGUGAGAAAUGAGACACUCACUGUUGAUGAGGCUGUCCGCAAGGGUGUGGUCGGCCCUGAGAUCCACGACAGACUUCUGUCAGCUGAGAGAGCGGUCACAGGCUACAAGGACCCUUACAGUGGCAAAAUCAUAUCUCUCUUCCAAGCAAUGAAAAAGGACCUUGUUUUGGAGGAGUAUGCUCUGAAAAUGUUGGAGGCUCAGACUGCCACAGGAGGCAUUAUGGAUCCUGAAUUCUACUUCCACCUCCCAGCAGACAUUGCCACACAGAGAGGAUACAUAAACAAGGAAACAAAUGAAAGGCUUGCUGAUGACGUAAAGGGAUUCGUUGACCCUGUCACUGAGGAGAAACUUUCUUAUGCCCAAUUACUCAAGAGAUGCAAGAUCGACCCUACCAAUGGGAUGCGCUUGCUGUCACUGGGAGACAAGAGGCUGAUGUUCAAAGGUCUUAGAAAACAGAUCACCAUAGAGGAGAUGUUACGCUCUCAGAUCAUCGACCAAAAGACGGUCACUGAGCUGAAUGAAGGUCUGAUUUCAGUGGAAGAGGUUAGCCGUAGACUCCAAAAAUACCUUGAGGGCACAAGCUGUAUUGCUGGUGUUUAUGUAGAGGGAACUAAUGACCGUCUAUCAAUCUAUCAAGCCAUGAAAAAGAACAUGAUCAGGCCAGGAACUGCCUUUGAACUGCUGGAGGCUCAGGCUGCCACAGGCUAUGUAAUUGACCCAAUCAAAAAUCUCAAACUUACUGUCAAUGAAUCUGUCAAGAUGGGAAUAGUGGGGCCAGAAUUCAAAGACAAGCUUCUCUCUGCUGAGCGUGCCGUGACAGGUUACAGAGACCCCUAUUCCGGCAAGACAAUCUCUCUGUUCCAGGCCAUGAAGAAGGGGCUCAUCUUAAAAGACCAUGGAAUACGUCUCCUUGAGGCUCAGAUUGCCACUGGCGGAAUCAUUGACCCAGAGGAGAGUCAUCGCUUGCCAGUGGAGGUGGCCUACAACCGUGGCCUCUUCGACGAGGAGAUGAAUGAGAUUCUCACAGAUCCAUCAGAUGACACCAAGGGUUUCUUCGAUCCCAACACUGAGGAGAACCUGACCUACCUCGGGCUAAUGGAGAGGUGCAUCACUGACCCAGCCACUGGCCUUGUCCUCCUGCUCCUGAAGGAGAAGAAGAGCGAGAGAAAGACAUCCUCCAAAUCCUCUGUCCGCAAACGCCGAGUGGUCAUCGUGGACCCAGAGUCAGGCAAAGAGAUGACUGUUUAUGAGGCAUUCAGAAAGCAGCUCAUUGACCAUCAGACCUACCUAGAGCUUGCUGAGCAGGAGUGUGAGUGGGAAGAGAUCACACAGACAUCCUCUGAUGGCGUUGUCAAGUCAAUGAUCAUCGACAGACGGUCUGGAAGACAGUAUGACAUUGAUGACGCCCUCGCACGAGGCCUCAUCGACCAGACUUCACUUAGUACAUACCGCUCUGGAAACCUGUCCAUCACUGAGUUUGCUGACAUGCUGUCUGGAAACAUGGGUGGCUUCCGCUCCCGGUCAUCCUCUUUUGGUUCCACCUCUGGUUCCACCUCAUCAUCAUACAAUCCUAUGAGCCCCAUACCCUCCAUUAGACCCCCUGCAACCAUGUGGAAUGACCCCACAGAGGAGACUGGCCCUGUAGCCGGAAUCCUGGAUACAGACACUUUGGAGAAGGUGUCAGUCACAGAGGCCAUGCACAGGAACCUUGUGGACAAUAUCACAGGCCAAAGACUACUUGAGGCACAAGCCUGCACAGGGGGCAUAAUCGACCCAACCACUGGGGAACGAUUUGCUGUUACUGAGGCAACCGAGAAAGGGCUUGUGGACAAGGUGAUGGUGGACCGUAUCAACCUGGCUCACAAAGCUUUCAAUGGAUUUGAGGACCCAAGAACCAAAGUGAAGAUGUCUGCCUCCCAAGCUCUAAAGAAAGGCUGGCUGUAUUAUGAAGCUGGGCAACGUUUUCUGGAAGUCCAAUACCUUACGGGGGGCCUGAUUGAACCGGAUGUUGAGGGCAGAGUCUCACUGGACGAAUCCAUCAGAAAGGGCACAAUUGAUGCUCGCACUGCUCAGAAGCUGAGAGAUGUGAGUGCUUACUCCAAAUACCUGACAUGUCCCAAAACCAAACUAAAAAUCUCUUACAAAGAUGCCAUGGACAGAAGCAUGGUUGAGGAAGGAUCUGGCCUGCGACUGCUGGAGGCCUCCUCACAGUCAAGCAAAGGGCUGUACAGCCCAUACAAUGCCAGCAAUUCCGGGUCUGCCGCUGGCUCCCGGUCCGGGUCCAGGACUGGAUCCAGAACAGGAUCCAGAAGAGGCAGCUUUGAUGCUACAGGUUCCGGAUUUAGCAUGAACUUCUCAUCCUCCUCCUACACCAGCUCCAGCAGUUACGGUGGCCGCAGAUAUGAUGCAGGACCUCAUAAUGGGCUCAACAUGGAUGAGCUAGCCCAAGCCCUUACGGCUCUAGCAAUGAUCAGGCCAUGCAGCUCAGAAGAACAACGAGCCUUCCCAAUGAUGAUGCCAAUGCAUACCACAGUUGCAUAAUUUAUAGGAAAAAUAGUUUGACAUUUGAAAAACAAAUAAUUAAUUUAUUCUGCUCCUCAUGUGGUCACAUUAGCAAAUGGCUGGAAGUAAUUAAAUGCAAUUCCUCAUAUAGAUGUCCAAAACAAUGCCAUAUCUCUCCAGCCUUAAUUUCUUAAAAUUAUUAGAUCAAUUGAAUGUCAAUUUAUAUUUUAAGAGAAAAGUAUCAGAUUUAGUUUUUACUUCAUGACCACAACUGAUUUUUUUAGUUUGCGUUAACACAACUUGUAUACUUAAGCUUUCCGAAACUAAUAAAUGUAUAUGUACUUCGAACAGAUAUAUCUUUCCAGUUUUCUUUUUCUUUUUAAACAUAAGAAUAUUUUUGUCCUCUAUUUCUUUUAUAUGUUUGACAAUAUCCUAUGAAAUAUGCCAACAUAGAUUCUAUAGUAACGCUUUUAGCAGAUAAAAAAAAAAGUUUGACCUUUAUUUUUAUUUUUUUAUUUUUUUGUGAAAUAUGUUAUC